AUGCCUUGCUCAUCUCUGUCCACCCAGCCCAUCCUCCUCCCUGUCACCUUCCCGGACUAUCCUGGUCCCCCACUGAGUCCUGCCCUAGUGGACUCAGGUGCUGCAGGCAAUUUCCUAGACCGGUCAGAGGCCUUAUCAUUAUGCAUUCCUUUAGUCCCUUUACAACCCCCUAUCCCAGUCCAUGCCUUAGACAAACGUUCCCUAGGAAUAAGACUGGUAAGCCAAAGCACGAUUCCCAUUUCCCUCCAGUUGAUCACAACCACCAUGAACGCAUCACGUUCCUCAUCUUAGACUCUCCUGCACACCCCAUAGUACCCCAGUCAUAGACUGUUCUCUCUGCUACCGCACGGCAAGCGGUACCGGAGUGCCAAGUCUAGGUCCAAAAGACUUCUCAACAGCUUCUACCCCCAAGCCAUAAAACUCCUGAACAGCUAAUCAUGGCUACCCAGACUAUUUGCACUGCCCCCCCCCACCCCAUCUUUUUACGCUGCUGCUUAUUGCUGUUAAUUAUUUAUGCAUAGUCACUUUAACUCUACACACAUGUACAUAUUACUUCAAAUAUCUCAACUAGCCGGUGCCCCCGUACAUUGACUCUGCACCGGUACCCCCCUGUAUAUAUAGCCUCCCUACUGUUAUUUUAUUUAACUUCUGCUCUUUUUUUCUCAACACUUUAUUGUUGUUGUUUUAUUUUACUUUUUUAUUAAAAAAUAAAUGCACUGUUGGUUAAGGACUGUAAGUAAGCAUUUCACUGUAAUGUCUGCACCUGUUGUAUUCAGCGCAUGUGGCCAAUAAAAUGUCAUUUGAUUUGAUUUGAUAUGUCUCCCCUGGUUACAGAUGCAUAACCCCAGUAUAUCGUGGACAGAGAAAAGGUUGUUGGGUUGAUCACAGGAGUGUCAGGAGAGGUGUCUCUCGGUGUCUAUCUGUGCCAACUACGUGUAAAGUCCGGACCAGGCCACUCACAUCCCUAUCCCGUAGGAAUACCAGGACCUACAGUGCCUUGCAAAAGUAUUCAUCCCCCUUCACAUUUUUCCUAUUGUGUUUGCCCAUUGACAAAGACAUGAUCAGUCUAUAAUUUUUAUGUUAGGUUUAUUUGAACAGUGAGAGACCGAAUAACAACAAAAAAAUCCAGAAAUACGCAUGUCAAAAAUGUUAUAAAUUGAUUUGCGUUUUAAUGAGGGAAAUAAGUAUUUGCCCCUCUGCAAAACAUGACUUAGUAUUUGGUGGCAAAACCCUUGUUGGCAAUCACAGAGGUCAGACGUUUCUUGUAGUUGGCCACCAGGUUUGCACACAUCUCAGGAGGGAUUUUGUCCCACUCCUCUUUGCAGAUCUUCUCCAAGUCAUUAAGGUUUCGAGGCUGAUGUUUGGCAACUCGAACCUUCAGCUCCCUCCACAGCUUUUCUAUGGGAUUAAGGUCUGGAGACUGGCUAGGCCACUCCAGGACCUUAAUGUGCUUCAUCUUGAGCCACUCCUUUGUUGCCUUGGCUGUGUGUUUUGGGUCAUUGUCAUGCUGGAAUACCCAUCCACGACCCAUUUUAAAUGUCCUAGCUGAGUGAAGGAGGUUCUCACCCAAGAUUUGACGGUACAUGGCCCCGUACAUCGUCCCUUUGAUGCGGUGAAGUUGUCCUGUCCCCUUAGCAGAAAAACAACCCCAAAGCAUAAUGUUUCCACCUCCAUGUUUGACGGUGGGGAUGGUGUUCUUGGGGUCAUAGGCAGCAUUCCUCCUCCUCCAAACACGGCGAGUUGAGUUGAUGCCAAAGAGCUCGAUUUUGGUCUCAUCUGACCACAACACUUUCACCCAGUUCUCCUCUGAAUCAUUCAGAUGUUCAUUGGCAAACUUCAGACGGGACUGUAUAUGUGCUUUCUUGAGCAGCGGGACCUUGCGGGCGCUGCAGGAUUUCAGUCCUUCACGGCGUAGUGUGUUACCAAUUGUUUUCUUGGUGACUAUGGUCCCAGCUGCCUUGAGAUCAUUGACAAGAUCCUCCCGAGUAGUUCUGGGCUGAUUCCUCACCAUUCUCAUGAUCAAUGCAACUCCACGAGGUGAGAUCUUGCAUGGAGCCCCAUGUCGAGGGAGAUUGACAGUGCUUUUGUGUUUCUUCCAUUUGCGAAUAAUCGCACCAACUGUUGUCACCUUCUCACCAAGCUGCUUGGCGAUGGUCUUGUAGCCCAUUCCAGCCUUGUGUAGGUCUACAAUCUUGUCCCUGACAUCCUUGGAGAGCUCUUUGGUCUAGGCCAUGGUGGAGAGUUUGGAAUCUGAUUGAUUGAUCGCUUCUGUGGACAGGUGUCUUUUAUACAGGAAACAAGCUGAGAUUAGGAGCACUCCCUUUAAGAGUGUGCUCCUAAUCUCAGCUCGUUACCUGUAUAAAAGACACCUGGGAGCCAGACAUCUUUCUGAUUGAGAGGGGGUCAAAUACUUAUUUCCCUCAUUAAAAUGCAAAUCAAUUUAUAACACUUUUGAAAUACAUUUUUCUGUAUUUUUUUGUUGUUAUUCUGUCUCUCACUGUUCAAAUAAACCUACCAUUAAAAUUAUAGACUGAUAAUUUCUUUGUCAGUGGGCAAACGUACAAAAUCAGCAGGGGAUCAAAUACUUUUUUCCCUCACUGUAUACACCUGUUCUGAAAGGCCCCAGAGUCUGCAACACCAAUAAGCAAGGGGCACCACCAAGCAAGCAGCACCAUGAAGACCAAGGAACUCUCCAAACAGGUCAGGGACAAAGUUGUGGAGAAGUACAGAUCAGGGUUGGGUUAUUAAAAAAUAUCAGAAACUUUGAACAUCCCACGGAGCACCAUUAAAUCCAUUAUUAAAACAUGGAAAGAAUAUGGCACCACAGCAAACCUGCCACGAGAGGGCCGCCCACCGAAAUUAAUGGACCAGGUAAUGAGGGCAUUAAUCAGAGAGGCAUCAAAGAGACCAAUGAUAACCCUGAAGUAGCUGCAAAGCUCAACAGCGGAGAUUGGAGUAUAUGCCUGGUUCUACCCUCACGUGGGGGCAUAUCUACUCUCUCUCGCAUGCAGAGACCGAAGCCAUGGAGGUCUACAUCCAGUAGAUGCUGGCCUAAGGAUUCCUCCGUCCGUCCACCUCUCCGGCCUCUUCCAGCUUUUUAUUCGUGAAGAAGAAGGACGGAGGUCUCCUCCCCUGUAUCAAUUACCGGACACUGAAUAAGGCUACGGUUAAAUUCAGUUAUCCCUGCCUCUCAUAUCCACUGUGAUCGAACAGAUACACGGUGCAAAGUACUUUACCAAAUUGGAUUUACGCAGUGCCUACAACAUGGUGCGCAUCAGAGAGGUGGAUGAAUGGAAGACCGCCUUCAGCACCAGCACCGGGCACUACAAAUACAUGGUAAUGCCCUACAGCCUGACAAAUGCACCCUCGGUGUCCCAAUCCUUCAUUAACGAGGUGUUUAGAGACAUGUUGGGUCGCUCUGUAGUGGUGUACAUAGACGACAUCUUGGGGUACUCCACUACAUGCGAGCAACAUGUCUCUCAUGUCAGGUCCGUUUUGGAGAGGCUGAUAGGGCAUCUCCUGUAUGCCAAGGUGGGGAAGUGCCUUUUCUUCCAGCAGGCGGUCUCCUUCCUGGGCUAUCGAAUAUCCACCGUGGGAGUGGAAAUGGAAGAACAGAGGGUCAGUGCAGUACGGUCGUGGCCUGUUCCCUCCAACAUCAAGGCGAUGCAGCGCUUCCUAGGUUUUGCCAACUAUUUCAGGCGCUUCAUUAGGGGUUUCAGCACAGUGGUGGCCCCUCUCACCUCCCUCCUUAUGGGAGGUCCUCGACAGCUGCACUGGACUGGGGAGGCCAAUGAAGCCUUUCGUGCGCUCAAGGAACAGUUUACGAAUGCACCGGUUCUGGCUCAUCCUGUCCCAUCUCUGCCCUUCAUCGUGGAGAUGGAUGCCUCUGAGGUUGGAGUAGGGGCUGUUCUCUCCCAACGUACUGGAUCGCCGCCUAAACUCUAUCCAUGCGCCUUCUACUCACGGAGCUGUCUCCCGCGGAGCGGAAUUAUGACGUGGGGUGAUUGUGAGUUGUUGGCCGUCAAGAAGGCGCUGAAGGCAUGCCGGCACUGGCUGGAGGCUGCUCAACACCCAUUCCUUGUCUGGACGGACCACCGGAACCUAGAGUACAUUCGAGCAGCGAAGAGGCUGAACCGCGUCAGGCCAGGUGGGCCCUAUUCUUCACCAGGUUUGACUUUACCCUCUCCUACCGGCCGGGAUCUAAGAAUGUUAAGUCCGAUGCAUUGUCCCGGGUGCAUGACACAGAGGAUCGGAGGGAGGAAGUGACAACCAUUAUUCCCCUGUCCCGCAUUGUGGCUCCUGUCAUGUGGAUUGUGUACGCGGACAUCCGUCGAGCCCUGUGACAGGAGUCCUCACCUGCCCACUGUCCCGAGGGGCGUAACUACGUGCCCUCUGAUGUGCGGGACCGAUUCUUCGCCUUGGUACACACAGCACCUGUGUCGGGGCACCCGGGCAUAGCCCAUACAAUCGGCUGUCUCUCCGCCAAGUACUGGUAGCCGACCUUGGGCUGGGACAUCCGGGUUUACGUCUCUUCAUGUUCCACCUGCACACAGAGCAAGACACCGAGAUACCUUCCCUAUGACAAACUCCACCCGCUGCCGGUUCCACAACUACCCUUGUCCCAUCUCUCCAUGGACUUUGCCACAGACCUUCCCCCCUCAGAGGGGCACACCACCGUCCUGGUCGUUGUGGACCGGUUUUCCAAAGCCUGUCAUUUGAUUCCUCUGCCUGGUCUCCCUACGGCCAUGCAAACCACGGAGGCUCUCUUCUCUCAUGUCUUCUGGCACUACAGUAUCCCGGAGGACAUUGUGUCAGACCGUGGUCCUAAGUUCACCUCCCGUGACUGGAAGGCCUUCAUGGAACGACUGGUGAUCACGGUCAGCCUCACCUCCGGGUACCCUCCCCAAUCAAAUGGGCAGGUGGAAAGUGUAAAUCAGGAACUCGGUAGGUACCUUCGUAGUUACUGUCAGGACCUUGGGCAGAAAACACGCACAAAACUCCCUCCGUCACUCCUCCACUAACCUCAGACACUUUCAGUGUGUUCUAGGCUAUCAGCCGGCCCUGGCACCGGAGUCAGAUCGAGGCUCCUGCGGUGGACGAUUGGUUCUGGCGCUCUGAGGAGGUAUGGAACACAGCGCACACCCGUCUCCAGCGCGUCAUCCUCUGGCAGAAGGUGCAGGCUGAUCGUCACCGCAGUGUGGCCCCGGUCUUUCACCCCAGUGACAGGGUCUGGGUGUCUAUGAAGGACCUGCCCCUCCACCUGCCCUGCCGUAAGCUGAGCCCGCGGUUUGUGGGGCCAUUCAAAGUCCUGAGGAGAAUCAAUAAGGUGACAUACAGAAUACAGCUCCCCAUCAAUUACCGUAUCUCACCCUCAUUUCAUGUAUCUCUCCUCAGGCCGGAGGCAGCUGGUCCAUUGGCUAGUGCUGGACACCACAAUGCACCUCCCCCUCCCUUGGACAUCGAGGGAGCCCCAGCGUACUCCAUCCGCAGCUUGUUGGACUCAAGGCGUCGUGGGGGGUUUCUCCAGUACCUGGUCGACUGGGAGGGGCACGGUCCCGAAGAGCGGUGCUGGUUUCUGGCGCGGGACAUCCUGAACCGUUCUCUCAUUCGGGAUUUCCACAGGCGUCGUCCUGACCGACACACACCGCAUCUCCAGGGUUGUCCCCAAGGUCAGCGCGCCCCGCUGCUGGAGCAGCGCCUCAGGAGGAGGGUACAGUCACACCAGCCUUCGUUUUGGCUCCCCCUCCUGUCCAGCUCAGGUGUUCGGCGUCGCUGGCCUUCUAGCUGCUGCCGAACCUACUGCUGGCAAACGCCCCUCACUCAUCAACCCCGGACUUGUCUCGUCAUCAUUACACACACCUGGUUCCAAUCCCCACUCCAUCACUGUAUAUAUACUCCCUCUGUCAUUUGUCUUUGUCGGUCAUUGUAUAUGCCUCUUGUUUUCCUGAGAGGAAUCUCUCAUACUAUUUCCUGAGUACUUUAUAUUUUGCACUGUGGGUUUCGUCCCGCUUUGAGCUAUGGUGCUUUAAUAAAUACAGUAGUUCUAAACCUGUGACUGCCUCCUGCCUACUCCUCUCUACACUUGUGACAGUAUUAAUAGGCCAUCCGUCAUAGAGAAAACAAUAUUAUAUGCUAAAAACGGGAUAUUUAAAAAAAGAUAUGACUAAGACUAAGACAAGCAGUAUAAGGACUUAAGAAAUAAUAUAAUUGCUGUUAAAGUUAUUAUUUGAUAUGCUUAGUAAUGUGUAAUGGUUGCUAAUUUAUAUAUACAAUUCAUCUGCCACACACUUUCUUUCAAACAUUUGUUUCAACAAAUAAUUUUCUACAUCACCUUAGGAGGUUCUCUCCAAGUUAUGUUUGUUGGAUAGCUACCAGUCCCUUGUCGUUGUGUUAAAUGUUAAGUGUAGGCCUGUAUGUACAGUAUGUGUCGAUUCAUAAUACUGUCAAAGUUCCCAAGCCUCUCUGUGGUACUUUGUCAGGAUUAACGGUUCCUGUCCUAUUUCCUUUCUCUUCCCAUCAUGUUGCUUGUAAAGUGGAAGGCGGUGAGGGUGCUGCAGAAAAGCCCCACCACAAAAAACAUAUGCGAGAGAAAAGGAGCUUUCUCUAAGUCUCUUUGUAUCUGUUUUGUGGGUGUUAUAGGGGAAAGGGAAAGUGGAUACCUAGCUAGUUGCACAACUGAAUGUAUUCAAUUGAAAUGUGUCUUCCGCAUUUAACCCAACCCCUGUGAAUCAGAGAGGUGCAGGGGGCUGCAUCAAUCGAUGUCCAUGUCAUCAGCGCCCGGGGAGCAGUUGUUGUUGGGGGUUAACUGCCUUGCUCAAGGGCAGAACGGACAAUUUUUCCACCUCGCUGGCUCUGGGAUUUACUGUACCAACGCAUGAUGGAUGAAAGUAAUGACUGUGAAUUGCAUGUAGGCUACUUCAAGCCACAACACCUCCUUUUAUUAUUUUAUUAGACCAAUGUGGUCUAAAAAGGAAGGAAAUUACAAUCACGAGGAUCCACUUUUAUAGACAAUUUACCGACGCACAGAAACCGCAUUGCACAAACAAAACAACCCUCAUAUCAACUGGAAUUACAUGGGUCUAUUACUGAACUUUCUGUUUAACAAAAAUAUUUGAAUGGGAAGAGACUAUCACUGGAAAACAUGGUUACAGACCCAACAACAUUAUAUAGUAUCCCCUCCUCGUGAAGAAAAGCACAUGAGCUAAUUAUAACACACAAAGUAAGCAAAACAAUGAAAUCAUUCCAACAUUGCCUAAAAUGAUGAAUAAAAUACUAAUGAGAUAGACCUACAGUGCCUUGGAAAAGUAUUCAUCCCCCUUGGCGUUUUUCCACUAAGCAAGGGGCACCACCAAGCAAGCAGCACCAUGAAGUCCAAGGAGCUCUCCAAACAGGUCAGGGACAAAGUUGUGGAGAAGUACAUAUCAGGGUUGGGUUAUAAAAAAAUAUCUGAAACUUUGAAAAUCCCACGGAGCACCAUUAAAUCCAUUAUUAAAAAAUGGAAAGAAUAUGGCACCACAACAAACCUGCCAAGAGAGGGCCGCCCACCAAAACUCACGGACCAGGCAAGGAGGGCAUUAAUCAGAGAGGCAACAAAGAGACCAAAGAUAACCCUGAAGGAGCUGCAAAGCUCCACAGCGGAGAUUGGAGUAUCUGUCCAUAGGACCACUUUAAGCCGUACACUCCACAGAGCUGGGCUUUACGGAAGAGUGGCCAGACAAAAGCCAUUGCUUAAAGAAAAAAAUAAGCAAACACAUUUGGUGUUCGCCAAAAGGCAUGUGGGAGACUCCCCAAACAUAUGGAAGAAGGUACUCUGGUCAGAUGAGACUAAAAUUGAGCUUUUUGGCCAUCAAGGAAAAUGUCUGGCGCAAACCGAACACCUCUCAUCGCACUGAGAACACCAUCCCCACAGUGAAGCAUGGUGGUGGCAGCAUCAUGCUGUUUUUCAUCGGCAGGGACUGGGAAUCUGGUCAGAAUUGAAGGAAUGAUGGAUGGCACUAAAUACAGGGAAAUUCUUGAGGGAUACCUGUUUCAGUCUUCCAGAGAUUUGAGACUGGGACGGAGGUUCACCUUCCAACAGGACGAUGUCCCUAAGCAUACUGCCAAAGCAACACUUGAGUGGUUUAAGGGGAAACAUUUAAAUGUCUUGGAAUGGCCUAGUCAAAGCCCGGGGGGGGGGGGGGGGGGGGGGGGGGGGGGGGUAUACAUUUAUAAUGUCAUGUUGUUUGCUUAGUUUGCUUCAUUUUGCACUGAAAAUAACACAUGCAAGCUUUGCAUAUACUGUGGGUGCGAUCUCUUGGUAGAUCUGGCAUGUGAUUUAGGGCUGUAUUCCGACCUGAUAGACAUACUGGUGUAUCAGCCAUUGCUUUAACAAGACCUUCUUGGGAUUAGUAAAGUUCUACUACAACUACUUCUACACUCAUAUUGAGUCCGAAUAUGGCCUUCAAAAAUUUACAUAAUAAAUAGUGAUUAUAAUUAUUUUAGAUAUUAAGUAUGCUACAUGUGGUCAUCAUUAAUGUACAUCUCAAGUGUUUUGAGCAGUAAGUGCUAACAAUUUUAUCAAAUAAUUUCACAAUUUUCUAAUUAUUAUUUUUUUGUGUGUGAUCAGGCAAGAAAUUCAGAUCGAAAGUCCCUGGGGUUAUGAUCACACAGUACGUGGAGGAAAUACCAGAGGGAAAGAGCCACCCAGACUUCACCCGCAAGCCCAUCGCUUUGACUAUUCAGGAGGGUAAGAAACAGUUUAUCUUGUAAUAUCCUGUAUAACAAGCAUUGUUCUCCUAUUAUUACUACUAUACAUAAUAUUGUGUGUCCUACUAUUGCCUUUUAAGGAGAGGCAUACACAUUUACCGUAAAGUUGAGAGCAUAUACCACAGGCUUCUGACCAUGACAUGUGACAGUGGUCAUAAGACAUGUGAUGCGUGGUGGAGGAUAGGAAAUGCAAUCCUUACAGAUGGCUCAUAUCACUUUCCACAUUUGCAAUUGGAAUUAAAUGUAGACUGUACAUAAUUUAUGAUUGUGACAACUUUCAAUGCCCUACACACACCAAAUAUUUAUUUAACCUGAGGGAAAAACGUACUUAUUUAAGGGAAGACAACAUGCACACAGAUUGGGGACAAACCCUUUACAUUUACAUUUUACAUUUUAGUCAUUUAGCAGACGCUCUUAUCCAGAGCGACUUACAGGAGCAAUUAGGGUUAAGUGCCUUGCUCAAGGGCACAUUUACGUCAUUUAGCAGACGCUCUUAUCCAGAGCGACUUACAAAUUGGUGCAUUCACCCUAUAGCCAGUGGGAUAACCACUUUCCAAUUUAUUUAUUUAUUUAUUUAUUUUUUGGGGGGGGGGGGGGGGGGGUAGAAGGAUUACUUUAUCCUAUCCCAGGUAUUCCUUAAAGAGGUGGGGUUUCAAAUGUCUCUGGAAGGUGGUGAGUGACUCCGCUGUCCUGGCGUCGUGAGGGAGCUUGUUCCACCAUUGGGGUGUCAGAGCAGCGAACAGUUUUGACUGGGCUGAGCGGGAACUAUGCUUCCGCAGAGGAAGGGGAGCCAGCAGGCCAGAGGUGGAUGAACGCAAUGCCCUCGUUUGGGUGUAGGGACUGAUCAGAGCCUGAAGGUACAGAGGUGCCGUUCCCCUCACUGCUCCAUAGGCAAGCACCAUGGUCUUGUAACGGAUGCGAGCUUCAACUGGAAGCCAGUGGAGUGUGCGGAGGAGGGGGGUGACGUGAGAGAACUUGGGAAGGUUGAACACCAGACGGGCUGCGGCAUUCUGGAUGAGUUGUAGGGGUUUAAUGGCACAGGCAGAGAGCCCAGCCAACAGCGAGUUGCAGUAAUCCAGACGGGAGAUGACAAGUGCCUGGAUUAGGACCUGUGCUGCUUCCUGUGUAAGGCAGGGUCGUACUCUCCGAAUGUUGUAGAGCAUGAACCUGCAGGAUCGGGUCUUGAUGUUAGCGGAGAACGACAGGGUGUUGUCCAGGGUCACGCCAAGGCUCUUCGCACUCUGGGAGGAGGACACAACGGAGUUGUCAACCGUGAUGGCGAGAUCAUGGAACGGGCAGUCCUUCCCCGGGAGGAAGAGCAGCUCCGUCUUGCCAGGGUUCAGCUUGAGGUGGUGAUCCGUCAUCCAUACUGAUAUGUCUGCCAGACAUGCAGAGAUGCGAUUCGCCACCUGGUUAUCAGAAGGGGGAAAGGAGAAGAUUAGUUGUGUAUCGUCAGCGUAGCAAUGAUAGGAGAGGCCAUGUGAGGAUAUGACAGAGCCAAGUGACUUGGUGUAUAGGGAGAAAAGGAGAGGGCCUAGAACUGAGCCCUGGGGGACACCAGUGGUGAGAGCACGUGGUGCGGAGACAGCUUCUCGCCACGCCACUUGGUAGGAGCGACCGGUCAGGUAGGACGCAAUCCAGGAGUGAGCCGCGCCGGAGAUGCCCAGCUCGGAGAGGGUAGAGAGGAGGAUCUGAUGGUUCACAGUAUCAAAGGCAGCAGACAGGUCUAGAAGGACAAGAGCAGAGGAGAGAGAGUUAGCUUUAGCAGUGCGGAGAGCCUUCGUGACACAGAGAAGAGCAGUCUCAGUUGAAUGACCAGUCCUGAAACCUGACUGGUUUGGAUCAAGAAGGUCAUUCUGAGAGAGAUAGCAAGAGAGUUGGCUAAAGACGGCACGCUCAAUAGUUUUGGAAAGAAAAGAAAGAAGGGAUACUGGUCUGUAGUUGUUGACAUCAGUGGGAUCGAGUGUUGGUUUUUUGAGAAGGGGUGCAAAUCUCGCUCUCUUGAAGACGGAAGGGACAUAGCCAGCGGUCAAGGAUGAGUUGAUCAGCGAGGUGAGGUAGGGGAGAAGGUCACCGGAGAUGGUCUGGAGAAGAGAGGAGGGGAUGGGGUCAAGCGGGCAGGUUGUUGGGCGGCCUGCAGUCACUAGUCGCAAGAUUUUAUCUGGAGAGAGAGGGGAGAAAGAAGUCAAAGCAUAGGGUAGGGCAGUGUGAGCAGGACCAGCAGUGUCAUUAGACUUAACAAACGAGGAUCGGAUGUCGUCAACCUUCUUUUCAAAGUGGUUGACGAAGUCAUCCACAGAGAGGGAGGAGGGGGGGGGUGGGGGGGAGGAUUCAGCAUUGAGGAGAAUGUGGCAAAGAGCUUCCUAGGGUUAGAGGCAGAUGCUUGGAAUUUAGAGUGGUAGAAAGUGGCCUUAGCAGCAGAAACAGAUGAAGAAAAUGUAGAGAGGAGGGAGUGAAAAGAUGCCAGGUCGGCAGGGAGUUUAGUUUUCUUCCAUUUCCGCUCAGCUGCCCGGAGCUCUGUUCUGUGAGCUCGCAAUGAGUCGUCAAGCCACGGAGCUGGAGGGGAGGACCGAGCCGGCCGGGAGGAUAGGGGACACAGGGAGUCAAAGGAUGCAGAAAGGGAGGAGAGGAGGGUUGAGGAGGCAGAAUCAGGAGAUUGGAGGGAGAAGGAUUGAGCAGAGGGAAGAGAUGAUAGGAUGGAAGAGGAGAGAGUAGUGGGAGAGAGAGAGCGAAGGUUGCGGCGGCGCGUUACCAUCUGUGUAGGGGCAGAGUGAGUAGUGUUGGAGGAGAGCGAGAGAGAAAAGGAUACAAAGUAGUGGUCGGAGACAUGGAGGGGAGUUGCAGUGAGAUUAGUAGAAGAGCAACAUCUAGUAAAGAUGAAGUCAAGCGUAUUGCCUGUCUUGUGAGUAGGGGGGGGACGGUGAGAGGGUGAGGUCAAAAGAGGAGAGGAGUGGAAAGAAGGAGGCAGAGAGAAAUGAGUCAAAUGUAGACGUAGGGAGGUUGAAAUCCCCCAAAACUGUGAAGGGUGAGCCAUCCUCAGGAAAGGAACUUAUCAAGGCGUCAAGCUCAUUGAUGAACUUUCCAAGGGAACCUGGAGGGCGAUAGAUGACAAGGAUAUUAAGCUUAAAUGGGCUAGUGACUGUGACAGCGUGGAAUUCAAAUGAGGAGAUAGACAGAUGGGUUAGGGGAAAAAUUGAGAAUGACCACUUGGGAGAGAUGAGGAUUCCUGUGCCACCACCCCUCUGACCAGAUGCUCUCGGGGUAUGCGAGAACACAUGGUCAGACGAGGAGAGAGCAGUAGGAGUAGCAGUGUUUUCAGUGGUAAUCCAUGUUUCCGUCAGCGCCAGGAAGUCGAGGGACUGGAGGGUAGCAUAGGCUGGGAUGAAGUCAGCCUUGUUGGCAGCAGAACGGCAGUUCCAGAGGCUGCCUGAGACCUGGAACUCCAGGUGUGGGGUGUGUGCAGGGACCACCAGGUUAGAGAGGCAGCAGCCACGCGGUGUGAGGCGUUUGUGUAGCCUGUGCGGAGAGGAGAGAACAGGGAUAGGCAGAGGCAUAGUUGACAGGCUGUAGCAAAUGGCUACAAUAAUGCAGAGGAGAUCGGAAUGAAAUGAGCUAAACAUCUGGGAAAGGAGAGAGCAAGGCCUCCCUCACCAAAAAAAUAUAACUCUCCCAACUUCCACCUCAGAAACUAUAAUUGUUUCACUGAACCACCCGAAUAAAACUCUCCCAACUUCCACUUUAGAAAUUAGAAUUGUUGUAAACUACAGCGGUUCAAUGUUUCAAGGACUAGACUCAACUUACUUUAUUCAGCUAGCUAACUAUGACACCAUAGCUAACUAGCAUGCUAGCAUCCAACAACACACAGUUUAGCACCAAUACUUGGUUACAACAAACUACCAAUAGUGUGUUAACACACUAAACAGAUAAUUCGUGUCCGUGUCUAGUUCUUUCAUAACGCAGCAAUGAUUAAACGUUGGCUAGCUAGCACAAAGAUAUUGUAUUUAGCUACCACAGUACAGCCAGCUGGUAGUGUUGGCUAGCUAGCAAUGGCUGCUGUGUUGACUUUGUUUGAGAAACGGCGUCGCUGCGAACGAAUGUAGCUGGCUAAAAGGAUACUGUAUUUAGUUGCUACCGUUGCUAAUAGCUACUAGCCAGCUAGUCCAGGAGGUGAGUUAGCUAGCUAGCUUCGUGCUACACCCGGCACCGCCGAAUACAAAAGUAACCUACAAUAACUACAUACAACAACUACCCACAACAGCCCACGAUGCCUACCUAUAAUACCUAACAAUAUAUAGCCCACGAUGCCUACCUAUAAUACCUAACUACAAUCUAAAUACAUAGUUUAAGCCUUACUCGACAAAGCCCACGCUAUGUAUAAAGCCAAACUUACCCAACGCCAGCUAACUGGGUGGCAGACUGCAAUCAGUAGCUGUAAUUAAGUACAGCAGCUACCAACCACCUAACGUUAAUGCCUCGGAUAAUGAGGUUAGAAAAACAGCUGAAUGGUAGGUAGCUGGCUGGCUCAAUUACAGGUACUCUUAAGCGUGAAAUAACAUUGGAAACAACUAACCACAGUUGCUAAAAGUUACCAGUAGCUACCCGCUAGCUAGCUAGCUUUGUUGGUCCAAGCUAGCACUCGUGCUUCGCCGGGGUCCGCCGAAUACAAUACUUACCUACAAUAAUUACCUACAAUAACCUACAAUAACCUACAAUAACUACCUAAGUAAACUACCUAUAAUACCUGACUACAAUACCUACCUACAAUCUAAAUACAUGGUUUAAGCUUUAGUCAACAUCAUAUAAGAAGCCAAGCUUACUUCCUGCUAGAGAAAACACAACCUCUCCCGGGCUCUCCGGGUACAGGUAAGAAACCUUACCUGUAUCAUGUUUCAGGAGAAUACCCAGAUGCAGACAAUGUCGAAGUAUCAAAAGUAUUACAAAAACAGGGGGCAGGCAAACGACAGGUCAAGGGCAGGCAGAGGUCAGUAAUCCAGAUCAGAGUCCAAAAGGUACAGAAUGGCAGGCAGUCUCAGGGUCAGGGCAGGCAGAGGUCAAUAAUCCAGGAGACAAAGGGCUGUGAGACAUGGGUUUGAUCCUAGACACAUGAAAAGUGGGAUGUAUACGGAGGAUACAGGGCAACAGAAGAUGAACAGCAGAGGGGCUAAUGAUCUUGGAGAUGGGGAAAGGACCGAUAAACCAGGAGGAAUGUUUGAGGGACUCCACCCGGAGGGGCAGAUCUCGGGUGGACAGCCAUGCCUUCUGCCAGAGACGAUACCGGGUAGCCGGGGUCCGGUGGCAGUGCGCUUGUUGUCGAUACCUGGAGGUGGUCUUGAGAAGAGCCGACCGGGCUCUCCUCCAGGUACGACGACAGCGGCGGACAAACAACUGGGCCGAGGGUAUGCCGACCUCUUCCUCCUGCUCCGGGAAGAGCGGGGGCUGAUAACACAGGGAACAGUCAAAGGGCGAAAGACCCGUGGUAGAGCAGGGAAGGGUGUUGCGGGCGUAUUCGACCCACACUAGUUGUGGGCGUAUUCGACCCACAUUAGUUGCUGGCUCCAGGUGGUGGGGUUGGCGGAGACCAGGCCGUGCAGAGUCGUCUCCAGGUCUUGGUUGGCUCGCUCCGACUGGCCAUUGGACUGAGGGUGGAAACCGGAGGACAGGCUGGCCAACGACCCAAUGAGUGGGCAGAACGCCUUCCAGAACCGGGACGAGAACUGAGGACCUCGGUCGGAGACCAUGUCCACUGGCGGUCCAUGGAUCUGGAAGAUGUGCUGCACCAUGAGCUGGGCCGUCUUGUUGGCGGAGGGUAGCUCGGGGAGAGGAAUGAAGUGGGCGGCUUUGAAUCAGACAGGAGUCUUGUUCUGCCCACAGAUCGUGCAGGCGGCGAUGAAUGUGGAAACGUCAGGAACCAUGGUAGGCCACCAAUAGCAUUGUCGCACAAAGGCCAGGGUCCAACGGGAGCCCGGGUGGCAGGCAAGCCUGGAGGAGUGGGCCCACUCCAGGACCGAGGAGCGGACAGCGUUAGGAACAAACAUCCAGUUGUCUAGGCCCCCCCGGGGUUCGGCUGGGAAUGCUGUGCCUCCCGGACUUGCUUCCCUAUUCCCCAACUGAGAGCCGUCGCCAAGUACGAAGUGGGAAGGAUGGUCUCGGAUUCUGGGGAUGUAGCCGCUGGGCUAUAGCGGUGUGACAGCGCAUCUGAAAAGCAGGGCCCAUCUAUCUUGCCUGGAAUUGAGACGCUUGGCGGUGCAUAGAUAUUCCAAGUUCUUGUGGUCUGUCCACACAAUGAACAAAUGUUCCGCCCCCUCCAGCCAGUGCCUCCACUCCUCCAACGCCAUCUUCACCACUAAAAGCUCACAAUUCCCCACAUCGUAAUUCCUCUCCGUGGCGUUGAGGUGAUGGGAGAAGAAGGCACAGGGAUGUAACUUGAGGUCCAGGGCCGAACACUGGGACAAGACCACCCCCACUCCGACAUCCGAAGCAUCGGCCUCCACCACGAACUGGCGGGACGGGUCAGGAUGAACCAAGAUGGGAGCAGUGGUGAAACGGUGUUUGAGGUCCCGGAACACCCGGUCAGCAGCUGGGGACCAUGUGAACGGAACAUUGGGAGAGGUGAGUGCAGACAGGGGGGAAGCCAGGGUUGAUUUAACCCGGAAUAAUCGCAGAUAAAAGUUGGCGAAUCCCAGGAAACAUUGCAGCUGCACUCUGGACAUAGGCUGGGCCAAUCCACCACCGCUCUCACCUUCCCGGGAACAUCUGUACCCUCCCUGCAGCGAUGAUGUAGCCCAGGAAGGGGAUGGUGGAGCGAUUGAAUUUGCAUUUCUCCACUUUCACAAAAAGCUGGUUCUCCAGGAGGCGUUGGAGGACCUGUCGGACGUGUAGCACAUGUUCUUGGGCGGAGCGGGAGAAGGAUGUCAUCGAGGUAGACGAAGACGAACCGGUUCAACAUGUCACGGAGAACAUCAUUAACCAGGGUCUGGAACACAGCUGGAGCGAAAUGGCAUGACCAGAUACUCGUAGUGACCGCUGACCAUGUUGAAGGCAGUCUUCCACUCGUCCCCCUCCCGUAUCCGCACCAGGUGGUAGGCAUUCCGUAGGUUCAGCUUGGAGAACACGUUGGCCCCCUGAAGCAGCUCGAAGUCUGAGGAGAUGAGUGGUAGCGGGUAGCGGUUCUUCACCAUGAUGUCGUUGAGGCCCCGGUAGUUGAUGCACGGGCGCAGGGUUUUGUCCUUCUUUUCCACAAAGAAGAAUCCUGUGCCGGCAGGGGAUGCAGAAGGACGGAGGAAUCCGGAAGCUAGGUAGUCCUCAAUGUAGGUCUCCAUAGCCUUGGUCUCCGGACCCGACAGUCGUCCCCGGGGCGGAGUGGUGCCUGGUAGAAGGUAGAUUCCACCGUCGUAGGGUAGGUGCGGCGGAAGCGAAGUGGCCCGGGCCUUACUGAAUACCUCCCGGAGGUCCUGGUACUCCGCGGCAAUGGCAGAGAGGUCCGAGGCAACCUCCGAGCCCCCAGGAAGACGUCCCGCGGAAGGCUGUGCUGACUUCAGGCAAUGAGCGUGGUAGAACGGGCUCCAGCCCAUGAUGGCACCAGUAGACCAGUAAAUAAAGGGGUUGUGUCACUGGAGCCAAGAAAACCCAAUACCACGGGAACCUGAGGGGACUUAAUUAGCAGUUCCCUGAUACUCGUAGUUUGAUGGGGUGGUAUUGUGGGUGACCCGGCCUAUAGAGUGCCCGUAAACGUCCAUGGGAAUGGAGAGGGGCUGAGUGGGGAUGCCCAGCUCGGACGUCAGGGUAGUGUCCAUAAAGCUCUCAUCGACCCCAGAGUCGAUGAGUACCCAGAGAUAUUUCGACUGGUUCCCCCACAGCCAGAUGGCAUGAAAGGGGGUGCGAGUAAGGGCAGAGGAAAAGUUAUACGUAUGGCCCACCAGUGUACUCGCUCCUACCGGUGAGCCUGGUCUUUUAGUGGACAGGUGGACACAAAAUGACCAGUAUUCCUGCAAUACAGGCAACUCUUCGUGUGAAGCCUGUAUUGCCGUUCGGCUCGAGACAGCCUAGCUCUGCCUAGUUGCAUCUGCUUGGGAAGAGGUGAAUCGGCAGACUUCGGAGACUCUAGGGUAGCCUUGGGUUCUCUCGGCAACAGAGCCGUCGGGGACUUCCGGGAUGCCUCUGAGGCGAGGUGGAAUCCUUCCUCUCCUUCCUUCGUUCCCGUAGUCGCCCAUCGAUCCGAAUGGUCAAGACAAUGAACGUGUCGAGAUCCGUCGGUAGUUCUCGGGCUGCAAGCUCAUUCUUUACUUCCUCCGAUCCUCCGUGCAGGACGAAAAAGACAGGAGCAAGGGGAAAACCGCUGGUAGGCUUGACGAAACAAAACAAACUGGCAACAGACAGAGAACACAGGUAUAAAUACACUGGGGAUAAUGGGGAAGAUGGGCGACACCUGGAGGGGGGUGGAGACAGUCACAAAGACAAGUGAAACAGAUCAGGGUGUGACAACCUGUUCAAAGAGUAUCUUAAAUAAGACAUCUCAGUCGAACUCCUGAUAACGUCUUUAUUGAGGAAAAAUUUACUUGCUACUACUGUGAUACAGUGCCUUCAGAAAGUAUUCACACCCCUUGACCUUUUCCAUAUUUUCUUGUGUUACAGCCUACAUUUUUAAUUGAUUACAUUGAGAUUUUCUGUAAAUGGUCUUAACACAAUAUCCCAUAAUGUCACAGUGGAAUUAUGUUUUUUGAAAAUUUUACAAAUUAAUAAAAAAUUUAAAGCUGAAAUGUAUUGAGUCAUUAAGUAUUUAACCCCUUUGUUAUGGCCAAAAAAAUGUCAGGAGUAAAUAUUUGCUUAACAAAUAAUUUAAUAAGUUGCAUGGACUAUGGGAGGUUUUCCAAUGCCUCGCAAAGAAGGGCACCUAUCGAUAGAUGGGUAAAGAAAAUAAGACAUUGAAUAUCCCUUUGAGCAUGGUGAAGUUAUUAAUGACACUUUGGAUGGUGUAUCAAUACACCUAGUGACUACAAAGAUACAGGUAUCCUUCCUAACUCAGUUGCUGGAAGGAUCCUGGAAGGAUCCCACUCAGUGAUUUCACCAUUAGGUCAAUUGUGACUUUAAAACACUUACAGAGUUUAAUGUCUGUGAUAAGAGAAAACUGAGGAUUGAUCAACAACUUUGUAGUUACUCCACAAUACUAACCUAAUUGACAGAGUGAACAGAAGGAAGCCUGUACAGAAUAAAAAUAUUACAAACCAUGCAUCCUGUUUGCAAUAAGGCACUAAAAUAAAACUGCAAAAAAAAUGGCAAAGAAAUUAACUUUAUGUCCUGAAUAUAAAGCGUUAUGUUUGGGGCAAAUCCAACACAACACAUCACUGAGUACCACUCUUCAUAUUUUCAAGCAUGGUGGUGGCUGCAUCAUGUAAUGGGUAUGCUCGUCAUUGGCAAGGGAGAUUAUUAUGAUAAAAUUAAAUGGAAUUGAGCUAAGCACAGGCAAAACAUUAGAGGAAAAUCUGGUUCGAUCUGCUUUCCAACAGACACUUGGAGACAGUCACCUUUCAGUAGGACAAUAACCUAAAACACAAGUAUACACUGGAGUUUCUUACCAAGACGACAUUGAAUGUUCCUGGGUGGCCUAGUUACAGUUUUGACUUAAAUCGGCUUGAAAAUCUAUGGCAAGACUUGAAAAUGGCUGUCUAACAAUGAUCAACAACCAACUUGACAGAGCUUGAAUAAUUUAAAAAAGAAUAAUGUGCAAAUAUUGUACAAUCCAGGUUUUCAAAGCUCUUAGAGACUUACCCAGAAAGACUCACAGGUGUAAUCGCUGCAAAAGGUGAUUCUAACAUGUAUUGACUCAGGGGGUUGAAUACUUAUCUAAUCAAGUGUUUUAUUUUAGUGUUUUAUUUAUCAUCUUUUUCUUUCUUUUUACAAAUGUAAUAAUUUUUCUUCCACUUUGACAUUACAGAGUAUUUUGUGUAGAUCAUUGAAAACAAAUUACAAUUAAAUCAAUUUUAACCCACUUUGUAACACAACAAAAUGGGACUUGUUUCAGGAAAUUAGGCGUAUGUCGCACAUCACUACUUCACAGAAGAGCCAUUUGAACGUAAACUUUUUUAAAUAAAAAAGGAACAUGUGAUCUUUCAUGUGCCUUAAUUACAAACUUGUAUGCCAUCUGAAAUUCUGAAUAAAAUUGUUAAAUUACGAGCCUAGUUGGUUUAGCCACAGAAAAAGACAGCAACCUUCCCGCUAGCCAUGAUUGGCUGAGAAAAUGAGUGGGCUGGACAUGCCGAGAGAUGAGUACGGAUUGGUCUACCAUGUAGGACGCUUCUGUCUAUAACAUGAGAUGGUCAGUAUGUGUAGGUAAUCCAUUCUAACACAGCUUUUUAAAAAUAUAUCACGUAGUAGAACUGCAUAAGUAUUGUUCUCCAAUUUAUGGAGGACCGAGUUUGAAAUCAGUGGUAUUAGAGUACGGUAGCUAAGGAGAUGGAGAAAAUUUGAGUCAAAAAGAGAACACACAAAAGGCUGUUGUAUAAAAUACCUGUCUCCAGAUUACAUCUUCAAACUAAGGGCAACCAUGGCAUCCGUGACAGAGGGAGAAGCGUCCAUCCAUGUCUACUGGUAAGAUAGUCUAGCUAGCUAUAUUUUCAGAUAUUACAUGUUUCUAAUUUUCUAAGUGUACUGUUAGCUAGCUAGCUAACGUUAGCUGGCUGGCUCGCUAGCUAACAUUUACAUUUUAGUCAUUUAGCAGACGCUCUUAUCCAGAGCGACUUACAGUUUGUGAAUACAUAUAUAUACAGUGCCCUCCACUAUUAUUGGCACCCCUGAUUAAGAUGUGGUCGAGGACUUCCAAAAAUUCUCCUUUUUUUUUUAAACAACAUAGAACCCAAAUGCAAAAAAAUAGAAAAAUCCAACCUUUUAUUUAAGUACAUUACUUUGGUGGUAAAAAAAAAAUCACACAUUUAGAAAAAAUUUACUUGAAAUCAUGUGUGCCACAAUUAUUGGCACCCAUAAAAAUUCCGCUGAAAAUUUUAAUUGAUUUUUAAAAAAAUAUAUUUUUCUGUAGUUGCUAAAGUUGGUCAGGGUAUCUAGGAACUUUUAAUUGGUAAUUCAUGACCUCCUGUUUCCCUGGGGUAUAAAUAUGACGUGACACAGAGGCCUAAUUCUCUUACCCAUUUGUCAACAUGGCAAAGACAAGAGAACACACCAUUCAAGUAAGGCAGAUUUGUGUCGACCUUCAUAAGUCAGGCAAUGGCUACAAGAAAAUAGCCACUCGCCUUAACUUGCCCGUAUCUACAGUCAGAGGAAUCAUUAAGAAGUUUAAAACAACUGGAACAGUGACAAACAAGGCUGGAAGAGGUCCCAAGUUUAUCUUGCCACAACGCACAGUGAGGAGGAUGGUAAGAGAAGUAAAAAAAAGUCCUAAGCUCACUGUCACAGAAUUGUAUCAAAGAGUGGCAUCUUGGGGUCACAAAGUCUCCAAAACAACCAUCAGACGCUCUCUACAUGCCAACAAGCUGUUUGGGAGGCAUGCAAGGAAAAAGCCUUUUCUCACUAACACUCACAAACGUAAACGUCUGGAGUUUGCUAAGCGGCACUGGGACUUCAACUGGGAUCGUGUGCUUUGGUCAGAUGAGACUAAGAUUGAGCUUUUUGGCAACAAACACUCUAAGUGGGUCUGGCGUAAAACAAAAGAUGAGUAUGCCGAAAAGCACCUCAUGCCCACCGUGAAGUAUGGUGGAGGAUCUGUGAUGCUGUGGGCCUGUUUCUCUUCCAAAGGCCCUGGGAACCUUGUUAGGGUGCAUGGCAUUAUGAACGCUUUGAACUACCAGGACAUUUUAAAUAAAAACCUGAUGGCCUCUGCCAGAAAGCUGAAGAUGGGUCGUCAUUGGGUCUUUCAGCAGGAUAAUGAUCCAAAACAUGUGGCAAAAUCUACACAAAAUGGUUCAGCAGUCACAAACUCAAGGUCCUCCCAUGGCCAUCUCAGUCCCCAGACCUCAACCCAAUCGAAAACCUGUGGGGCGAGCUAAAGAGGAGAGUGCAUAAGAGAGGACCCAGGACACUGGAUGAUCUAGAAAGAUUGUGCAAAGAAGAAUGGUCAAAGAUCCCUCUCUCUGUGUUCUCCAAUCUUGUGAAAUGUUAUAGGAGGAGAUUAAGUGCUGUCUUGUUGGCAAAAGGGGGUUGUACAAAGUAUUAACAUCAGGGGUGCCAAUAAUUGUGGGACACAUGAUUUCAAGUUAUUUUUUUUCUAAAUGUGUGAUUAUUUUUUUUUUACACCAAAGUAAUGUACUUAAAUAAAAGGUUGGAUUUUUCUCUUUUUUUGCAUUUGGGUUCUAUGAUGUUUAAAAAAAAAGAGAAUUUUUGGAAGUCCUCGACCACAUCUUAAACAGGGGUGCCAAUACUUGUGGAGGGCACUGUAUAUAUAUAUUUUUUUCUUUCAUACUGGUCCCCCAUGGGAAUCGAAACCUACAACCCUGGCAUUGCAAACGCCAUGCUCUAUCAACUGAGCUACAUCCCUGCCGGCCAUUCCCUCCCCUACCCUGGACAACGCUAGGCCAAUUGUGCGCUGCCCCGGUCGCGGAGUCUCCCGGUCGCGGCCGGCUGCGACAGAGCCUGGAUUCGAAUCAGGAUCUCUAGUGGCACAGCUAGCACUGCGAUGCAGUGCCUUAGACCACUGCGCCACUAACGUUAUGUGUAUGAUCAGUGUAGUAAUAUUAUUCAUGUCUCAGAGCCAUUUGCAUUGCUAGUUAUAGCCUAAUGUUAGCUAGCUAACAUUGAACUUGGUUGGUUAGCAGAUUCAGUUUUUUUUGUCUUAUUUCUUGCAUCUUCAACGUGGUAGGCAUGUUGUGUAAAUCAAAUGAUACAAACCCACAAAAAAUCUAUUUUAAUUCCAGAUUGUAAGGAAACAAAAUAGGAAAAAUGCCAAAGGGGGUGAAUACUUUCGCAAGACAUUGUAUGCAUAGUAGCAGUAUCAAAAAUAAAAAGUGUCCAGAUCAAAAUAUUGCAGAAAUAUUUCAUAAUUAUUAGAUUAUGUUUACCCAGUGUCGUGACGUGACUUUCGUUAAUGUGAUGACUGUAAUUUAUCGAAUCAACAAACUAUGUUUAAUUGUUAUUCGAUUUAAUUAAUCAUGUAACAAUUAACUCAUUAGGAUUUGAGGCACCAUGGAAGAAGUUGUUUAUAGAGUUACCAUCUCCCUGAAUUAAACUCUAAAAGGUCUUUACCUGUCACUAUGUAUAAAACAGUCAACGUAUCAAUCAUUACCUCAACUUCUUGGAUCUGCACGAACCCCAGCUUUACUUAUGAUUCAGCACUAAACACAUUGGCUUACUUAUUUAUUCACUAGCUAACUAAAUAAUAACACAUAAUACAGACAUACUUAAUACAUGAGAAAAAGUCCCUAGCGGACUAACAACAGCAUGACUGCUUGGUUAUCAAAAGAGGGCAGGGUAAAGGAAGAGGGAGAGGGAGAGACAAAGAGAGAGUUAAACUUAUCGUUGAUACGUUUGGAAACUACCCUCAAAGUAAUCAUCCUACUUUGCUCAUGAACCACCGCCCAUUUUGGAGUAAGAAACCAAUGAAUGUAUGAAUGUGUUUGCCGCUCGUCUAUCUCUGUUGACCCAAGCCCUCUUGGAAAGGAGGUUUUGGCUGGGUCUUCGCUCAGCUCACUUGUAAGGCUCUGAUUGUUCACCAGAGGUCACAAUGUCUUUCUUCUUUGUCCUGGCUUGUAGUGGAGUGUACUCAGAGCUGAUACUCGGUGAUUGUAAAAUGGGAUUUUCUCCUACCCACCUCGUGUCUUUAGUCAAAGUUCUAGAUCACUUUACAUGCACAGCUGCAGACUGGCAAUGCUCUGGUCUAGUGAGUGUAUCUUCUUCACCUCGUGUUGAGAUUCAAAGGUCUAACCAUUUAAAGUCGUGUAGCCACAGUGCCACACUUUCUGGUCUCAGAGUUUCAACCAUUUGUAACGUUUAGCUCACGCUACACGUCUGCUGGUCUGAUGAGUGCUUUUUAUGCACUCUGGUAAAAAGUGGGCAUUCCAUCACACCAACACGAUGCCUGUGCUCAGUUGGGGCAUGGCUAGUCACUGUGCAUAGUUGACAUGAAAAACAAUUAUCUCAUUAGAAAACAUUCCUAUCUUAAUCUUUAAUCAUAUAUUUUAUACAACAUUUGGGUGUAAACUUGACAGAUAGAAUGUCUACGCUUUCCGAGUUACAGUUAUUUCUUGAUACCAUACUUAAUGACAUCACAAAAUAAUAAACAAUAUGACAUGAUUAUUCUGUAGGUCCCCACUGACCAUUCUUAACAUUCGGGAAGAUAUAAAUAAUGUUCCAAUGUUCACUUUUUGGACAAAAAGGUUUUGGCGGCAAAAAGUAUCUGGAACAAAGAAAGCCUUUAGUAAUAAUGCAGAGCAGGAGGGAGAUGACCCUCCUCCCUAAUUUACGACAGAGUAAUACGACAGGUUUCAAAAAACCGGCCAAGUUAUCCUUCCCCUCAUCCGUGGGUGAGAGGGUCUGUUUGUUGUCAGCCAUUUGCCAAGCUGAUCUGAGGCCUUUGGAUCCUCAGCCAGGAGAGUCAUGACACCAGAGAGACUUGAUGGGUCUUGUGAAAUAAAUGCCAUAACCAUCCCCUAUGUUGAUGAUGGGUCACUAUUGUCUAGACAUGUACACAUGUUCAUGAAAUACAAUAGAUGGCCGUAAUCACCCCCAGACACCUGGAUACCUUGAUGGGUCAUUUGAAAGAGAGUCUAGAACCACCCCACAGCCAUAUAUAGCUAUUUGGAAAAAUGCCAAGGGGGGUGAAUACUUUCGCAAGCCACUAUAUAUGCAUACAAUCAGGGGUAAAGUGGCUGAGCAGCAGGAUAAAAAAAUUAAUAGGAGAGAGUCAUGUGAAUGUGCCUAGAGGCACUGCAGAUAGUCUGGAUGACUGGGAACUCGCGCCAAGUGAUGAACUGGUCCAUCCUCUCCAUGCAUGAACAAGGAAAUCUAUACUGAACAAAAAAAAAUACGCAAAAUGUAAAUUGUUGCUCCCAUAUUUCAUGAGCUGAAAUAAAAGAUCCUAGAAAUUUUACAUACGCACAAAAUGCUUAUUUCUCUCUAAUGUUGUGCACAAAUUUGUUUACAUUCCUGUUAGUGAGCAUUUCUCCUUUGCCAAGAUAAUCCAUCCACCUGACAGGUGUGGCAUAUCAAGAAGCUGAUUAAAUAGCAUGAUAAUUUGGAGGGAGCGUGAUAUUGGCAUGCUGACUGCAGGAAUGUCCACCAGAGCUGUUGCCAGGGUAUUGAAUGUUAAUUUCUCUACCAUAAGCCGCUUCCAACGUCGUUUUAGAGAAUUUGGCAGUACGUCCAAUCGGCCUCACAACCGCAGACCACGAGUAGCCACGCCAUCCCAGGACCUCCACAUCCGGCUUCUUCACCUGCAGGAUCUUCUGAGACCAGCCACCUGGACAGCUGAUGAAACUGUGGGUUUGCACAACUGAAUAAUUUCUGUACAAACAUGAAAGUUCACAUGUUCCAGAAUGCAUUUUCUGAUAAAAAAUAUGUUUACGUUCAAAUGCCUCUCCUGUGAAGUACUGACAUGCGGCAUAUGCCAAGCUUCUUGAAACGGGUCACAUAUCUAUAGAGAUCCCUUUCAUUAACUCCACCAUAGUUAUCAUUAACCGUUAUACCAUUAAUACUUAUAUCAACAGUAGUCUCAAUUAACAGUCAGCAAAAGUUCCUCUCAGGUGAUUGUUUCGGUCAGAGUUGCGAUGAAUCAUGAAUCUCUCAGGGUGUGGCCACACCUCACCAAGAUCUGAUCCCAUGAGUCUUAGUCAGUCUCCCUACUUAUAGUGGGGGAGGGCUCAGCCAGGAAGUGUCUUGAAGAUGGCCAGUCACUCCUUUGAGUUUACCAUAGGUUAUGCCACUAUUCGGACAAAACCUGAGAUUUCCUAAUAAGUGUUCACAGCAUGUUUAAAUGUGCUUUGAACCAAAAAAAACGAUCUCCAGGUAUCACGACUUCCUCCAAAGCUGCCUCCUCUCCUGGUUCGGGCAGGCUUCGGCGUUCGUCGUCACCGGCCUUCUAGCCACUGCCGCUUCUCAUCUCAUCAUUCCAUUUGUUUUCUCUUGUUUAUUACACACACCUGGUUCAUAUCCCCUCAUUAGUACUUGUAUGUCCAUUGUUCCCUCUGCCCCCUUGUCCUUGUGUGUGAUUGUUUAUUGUGAGGAGAGUGUAGCUCGGUUGAGCUCCGUGUAUUUUGUAUUGCCUGUUUGAUUCCAGUGCGCCUGUUUUGCGCACUGGACUGUUUGACGCAUUUCUGCGUAACUCUGUAUUCCGGAAUAAAUUCUGUAUUAUGUGAUUUACCCUACUGCGCCUGACUCCUUCAAAUCACCCAUCACAGAAUCACACACCUGCCAUGGAGUCAGCAGGAGAGGAGGUCAUGCCUGUAGUCGUGGCACGGGUCUAGGAGCAUGCGACGAUGCUAGCCAGCUUGGGAGAAGCGAUGAAUCAGGUUCUCCAGGUCGUCCAACGCCUGGAGAGGAGAGAACCCGAUCUGUCGGGACCAGCUGGGCGACCGGAUCCAGCCACUCACACCCCAGCACCCAGAGGGAUCCAUAUAUACCGACCACGUGAUUUCGACGGGAACAGCUGCUCUCUGCCAGGGAUUCCUCCUCCAACUGGAGCUUUACUAUUCCACCAUCAGCCCGGCCCCAUCGGAGCGGGAGAAGGUGUCCGCCCUCGUCUCCUGCCUCUCGGGGAAAGCCCUGGAGUGGGCCAACGCCGUCUGGAAUGAAGGAGGAGCCGCAUUGGACAAUUACAGGGAGUUUGCUCACCUCUUUCGUGCUGUCUUCGAUCACCCGCCCGAGGGUCGAGAGGUGGGCGAGCGGCUGGUCCACCUGAGGCAGGGGACGAGGACCGCACAGGACUUCGCCCUGGAGUUCCGGACUCUAGCAGCUGGGUGGAACGAGUGGGCCCUCAUCAACCACUUCCGGUGCCAUCCACGGGAGGAUGUCCGAAUGGAGCUAGCCUGCCGGGACACCAUGUUGUCCUUCACUCAACUGGUGGACAUGGCCAUCUGGUUGGACAACCUGCUGGCGGCCAGAGGACGUCCUGGAGGGGGCCUGCCCGUUCCAACCCCGCCCGACCCGGAUAACGAGCUGGGUGGAGCGGCGAUCCGGGAGAGCGGAGGACGACAGCGCUAGUGUCACUCUGGUGGCACGAGAGGACAUUUCACUGCACGAUGUCGUCAGCUUUCUUUUGGGUCUGGAGGCGGCAGGCAGGGCACUCACGCGUUACCCCAGGUAUUGAACACCCACACUCGUUCAGAGCCCUCUGCUGCGCACUGUACCCUACCCAUCCACUUUCCUGAUUACAUUGUAGUUCCCCAGUGUAAGGCGCUGGUCGAUUCAGGCGCAUCUGGGAACUUUAUGGACAGGUCAUUUUCACACAGUCUAGGCAUUACAUUGGUUCCCCUAUCCAUUCCACUUCCCAUCAGAGCACUUGACAGUCAACCAUUAGGGUCCGGGUUCAUUAGGGAGGUUACAGCAUCAGUCACUAUGGUUACACACGAGACUCAUCGCGAGCUAGUCACUUUUUUUUAUUAUUGAGUCUCCUGCUUUCCCUGUUGUGUUAGGUAUUCCCUGGUUAGCACUCCAAAACCCCACCUUUUCAUGGUCGCGGAGGGUUCUCACGGGGUGGUUGCGAGAGUGUCAGGGUAGGUGUCUCGGUGUUUCUGUUGGAGCAACCUCGGUGGAAUGUCCAGACAGUACCUCCACCGUGCCCAUUCCCCCCGAAUACAUCGAUUUGUUGCACGCGUUUUCCAAAACGCAGGCGACCAAAUACCACCUCAUCGGGCGGGGGACUGCGUGAUAAACCUCCGGGUAGACGCUGUUCCUCCCAGGACUCAUGUGUAUCCCCUGUCACAGGCUGAAAUGGAGGCUAUGGAGACAUACGUCUCUGAAUCCCUGCGCCAGUGGUUUAUACGUCCCUCCACUUCGCCUGCCUCCUUGAGUUUCUUUUUGUGAAGAAGAAAGACGGGGGUCUGCGCCCUUGCAUUGAUUACCGAUCACUGAACAAGGGGACGAUACGAUUUAGUUAUCUUCUACCCCUCAGUCCAUCUGUGACCAAGUCAAUGCAUGGGGCACGCUUCUUCACAAAAUUAGAUCUCUGGAGUGUGUACAACCUGGUGCGUGUCCGAGAGGAGGACAGCAUUCAGCACAACCACGGGGCAUUACGAAUACCUGGUGAUGCCUUACGGUUUGAUGAACGCUCCAUCCGUCUUCCAGUCCUUUGUGAAUGAGGUGUUUCGGGACAUGCUUGGUCACGGUGUAGUGGUCUAUAUCGAUGACAUUCUGGUGUAUUCCAUUACGCGCGCCGAGCAUGUGUCCCUGGUUCGCAAACUGCUGGCCUGACUGUUGGAACAUGACCUUUCUGCUAAGGCAGAAUAGUGUCUGUUUUUCCAACAAUCCGUCUCCUUCCUCAGAUACCGCAUUACCACCUCAGGUGUGGAGAUGGAGGGAGAUCGCAUUUCAGCCGUGCGUAAUUGGCCGACUCCAACCACGGUAAAGGAGGUGCAGCGCUUUAUUGUCUUUGCCAACUACUAUAGGAGGUUUAUCCGUGGCUUUGGCAAGGUCGCAGCUCCCAUCACAUCUCUGUUGAAGGUGGGCCGUCCCGGCUCCGCUGGUCUGCUGAGGCUGACAGGGCCUUCAGUAACCUGAGGGGUCUGUUCACCUCAGCCCCGGUGCUGGCCCAACCCGAUCCAUCACUGCCGUUCGUAGUGGAGGUGGAUGUGUCCGAGGUAGGGAUAGGCGCGGCCCUAUCUCAACGCUCGGGCACGCCACCCAAGCUCCACCCCUGUGCCAUCUUCUCCAAGAAGCUCAGCCUGCCGGAGCAAAACUAAGACGUAGGUGAUUGGGAGCUGUUGGCUGUUGUCCGAGCACUGACCAUGUGGAGGCACUGACUCGAAGGGGCGAAACACCCUUUCCUCGUCUGGACGGACCACCAUAGCCUGGAGUACAUCCGGGCAGCGAGGAGACUGAAACCUUGCCAGGCCAGGUGAUUUUACACUAUCAUACAUCCCAGGUACAAAGAACGUGAAGGCAGACGCACUGUCACGGCUGUUCGACACAGAGCAGAGGCCCAGAGAAAACACCCCCAUACUCCCGGCCUCCUGCAUUGUGUGCACCGGUAGUAUGGGCGAUGGACGCGGAUAUAGAGCAGGUGUUACGCACAGAGCCAUCUCCACCUCAGUGUCCAGCUGGGCUGCAGUACGUGCCUGCUCUUGUCUGUGACCGUCUGAUCUACUGGGACACACAUGUCCCCCUCCUCUGGUCACCCAGGGAUCGGUCAUACAGUGCGCUGCCUGACCGGAAAGUACUGGUGGCCUACCUUGGCUAAGGACGUGAGGGUGUAUGUCUCCUUCUGCUCGGUGUGCACCUAGGCACCUCCCAGCGGGUAAGUUACAGCCUUUACCAGUUCCAAAACGGCCAUGGUCUCACCUGAGUAUUGAUUUCCUUACUGAUCUUCCCCUCUCUCAAGGUAACACCACCAUCCUAGUCGUUGUGGACUGCUUUUCCAAAGCCUGUUGCAUCCUUCCUCUGCCCGGUCUCCCCACGGACCUGCAGACUGCGGAGGCCCUGUUUACACACGUCUUCCGGCACUACGGGGUACCAGAGGACAUAGUGUCUGCCCGGGGUCCCCAGUUCACAUCCAAGGUCUGGAAGGCGUUCAUGGAACGUCUAGGGGUCUCGGUCAGCCUGACCUCUGGUUUCCACCCCGAUUCUAACGGGCAGGUGGAAUGGGUGAAUCAGGAUGUGGGUAGGUUCCUGUGAUCCUACUGCCAGGACCGGCCGGGGGAGUGGUCGGUGUUCUUGCCAUGGGCCAAAUAUGCCCAGAACUCUCUUCGUCACUCCUCCACUAACCUAACGCCAUUCCAAUGUGUUUUAGGAUAUCAACCGGUUCUGGCACCGUGGCACCAGAGCCAGACCGAGGCUCCUGCGGUGGAUGACUGGUUUCGGCUCGCGGAGGAGACGUGGAAUGCUGCUCACGUCCACCUCCAAUGCUUUGCGCGUCGUCAGAAGGCCAACUCCUACCGCCACCACAGUGAGGCCCCGGGUAAUCGGGUAUGGCUCUCGACCUGGAAUCUGCCCCUCCGCCUGCCCUGCCGGAAGCUGAGCCCGCGGUUUGUGGGGCCGUUCAAAGUCCUGAGGAGGAUAAACGAGGUUACCUAUAGGUUAUUACUCCCACCAGAUUAACGUAUUAACCCCUCGUUCCAUGUGUCUCUUGUUCCAUGUGUCUCUCCUUAAACCGGUGGUGGCUGGUCCGCUCCAGGAGUCUGAGGUGCGGGAGGUCCCUCCGAAUCCUCUGGACAUCGAGGGGGCCACGGCAUACUCUGUCCGUUCCAUCCUGGAUUCAAGGCCUUCAGUACCUCAUGGAGUGGGAGGGGUACGGUCCGGAGGAGCGGUGCUGGGUCCCGGUGAGGGAUAUCCUCGAUCCCUCCCUGUUGCGGGAUUUCCACCAUCGGCAUCCAGAUCGCCCUGCUCCGCGUCCUCCUAGCCGUCCCCGAGGCCGGUGUCGGUGCGCUGCUGGAGCUGAGCGUCAAGGCGGGGUACUUCCUCCGAAGCUGCCUCCUCUCCUGGUUCGGGCAGGCUUUGGCGUUCAUCGUCACCGGCCUUCUAGCCACUGCCGCUCCUCAUCUCAUCAUUCAAUUUGUUUUGUCUUGUUUAUUACAUACACCUGGUUCAUAUCCCCUCAUUAGUACUCGUAUAAGUAUUCCCUCUGCCCCCUUGUCCUUGUGUGUGAUUGGUUAUUGUGAAGAGAGUGUAGCUCGGUUGAGCUCCAUGUAUUUUGUAUUGCCGGGGUAUUUUUCCCCAUGUGCCUUUUUGGUUCCAGUGUGCCUGUUUUGCACACUGGACUGUUUGACGCAUUUCUGCGUAACUCUGUAUUCCGGAAUAAAUUCUGUAUUCUGUGAUUUACCCUCCUGCGCCCAACUCCUUUAAAUCACCCAUCACACCAGGAUGAAGUAAGUAGUAUGCAGGUUACAAACAUGACCAUGAUCAAAUCUGUAAAUUUCAUAUUACAGUAAAACACGUAUUCCACUUUUAAUACAUUCGGAAAGUAGAGGAAAAAUAUCGUGCUGUAUAUUGGGUUCAUACAAAUCAUGUGGUGAGCCAUGCAGUUUAAUACAUUGUUUAGAACCAUGUCAAAUGUCUCAUGUCGCGUUUGGCGGCAUUUCUCUCCUUAGAACAAAUAAAGCACCAGGCCAAACAUUUGCCUCUCUUCCUGAGAGUCAACCCAGUUGGCACCAGGAUGCUUGGAUGACGAGUUCUGCUUAAUAAUAUGCCAUUUAGCAGACGCUUUUAUCCAAAGCGACUAACAGUCAUGCGUGAAUACAUUUUUGUGUAUGGGUGGUCCCGGGGAUCGAACCCACUACCUUGGCGUUACAAGCGCCGUGCUCUACCAGCUGAGCUACAGAGGACCACAGCUUAACACAUGUAAAUCGUAAAAGUGUCUACAUUUGACCCCGCUUGGGGUACUUAAGGGUAUAAAAGGGCUCUGCUGACUGCCUCCUGACACUCAGCAGACCAUACCGAGUCGGGUGUUGGGGAAGAACAGUGGUUUGUCUUGUGAUAGGCUUGCCAGGAGCAAAGUCAAUUACAGGAUCUUUAAUUCUUGGUAUGGAAUGCCAUGGGUUAUCCACUCGUGGGCUUAACAAAACAAUGUAUUCAAUAACAUACCAAAAAAUACAGUCUUUCUAUCACACUAAUCGUUGCUUAUGUAAAAUUAUAUCACCAACAUGAUGGACCAAUAAAACACCCAAAUACGGACAUUACUGGACAUCAGAAGAAAAACACUAUGGUACAAAAUUAUACUAUUAAUGAGUGUUCUAUUACUCUCAUCCCAAAUCAGGCAAGUGUGGGAUGUUCAAAGCCAUUGUGAUGGGUGAACCUGCACCCAAAGUGACAUGGAACCGAGCAAAUGGAAACAUAGACGAUCCAGAGAAGUUCAAGAGCAAGUAUGAUGAGGCAUCUAAUGAACACACCCUAGAGGUAAGCAUGUGUAUCACCAUUCAUCACCAACUGGUGCUUAUACUCAACAAUAAAUGGGAAAUAUGAAACUACUGUGUUGAUUUCAAUGGCAUCUAUGUCUGCUCCUUUUUACUCCAACCUUUAUAUAACAACCCCUUAACAUUUGGCAAAUCCAUAAAAAUGUAUUAUCUCUGAUAAAUUCCUUUAUUUUUGUUUUUGUUUUAACCUCAUAGCAGUUGAUGGGAAACACAUAGUAAAUCCAUGAUAUAUGUGCUCACAGAUUCCUAAAGUAUGUACAGAGGAUGCCGACACCUACAAAUGCUUUGCAACAAAUGAGUAUGGAGAGGCUGUUUGCACUAUCCAGCUGAAUGUCAUUGAAGGUAGGACACACAAAAAGAGAAAUCCAACACAUUUAAUCUAAACCACUCUUCAGCAAUAUUGAUCUGGUCAAACAAAUAAGUUCCUCACAAUGCAUUCUAAUGAUUUUAAAAGAAUGAAUACUUCAAGACACUUUUACUUCCAGUUGGAUUCAAAAAGAAGAAAGCAAUAGCAAAGUCAAAAGAAGAACUAGAGGCAUCCAAACCUGUGGCCUUUAGAAAAAUGUUAAAGAAACGGUAAGAGAAUAUACUACAUAGUGCUACUCUAUUUAGACAUAUCGAUUACCUGUAAUUUACAGGUUGCAUGAAUAGGUCUUGACCAGGCAUUUUAGUGGUGAAAAUUUACAGUUUCUUAACCCCUACCCCUUUCAAACAGACAACCUGAACUUCUAAAAAUAAGUUAAAGCGCUCUGUUUGAAAGGGGUCUGGGUCUGGGAAAUACUCCCUAAGUGACCAACGGGAACACUACUUAAAAUAAUUACAGUACAUAACAGUAGACAAUGAGUGAAUAAAGCACACUAAAUAUAAAAUGUAACUCAGCAAUAGCAAUUCAAAUGAAUGCGUGCUUGGUAAAUGCUCAUCCUGUGUGAUCUGCAGUGGAGAAGUCCGUGAGCAAAAGCCACUCGAAUCUGAUGAGAAAGUUUGGGAGAUCCUGAUGUGUGCCGACAAGAAAGAUUAUGAGCACAUCUGCGCUGAGUAUGGCAUCACUAAUUUCCGUGGGAUGCUGACAAGACUGGCUGAAAUGAAAAGAGAGAGAGAGGAGGAGCAGGCACAGGUUUAGUACUAUGGAAUAUAUUUUUACAGGUGUGAUUUUGGAGGAAAUACCAAUAAAGUAAAAGGUCAUCUGUGUCAGUUACGGGUGUGAUUUUUCAAAGAUCUUAUGGUUCUUUAGUAAUUUUACUGUACCUUUAUAUGUGUCUGUUUCAGUUUAUUGAACAUAUCAGUUCACUCAAACACAUCGAGGUCAAUGCAGAUGAAAAUGCAACAUUUGAAAUUGACAUGGAUCUUAAGGAUCCCAGCAGCAGGAUUUUCCUCUACAAGGUAUGAAAGCUAAUACAAAACUUUUCAACAGCUCUGCUGUUUAUUACAGUUUGCUGACAGGUGCCAACUAUCAGGUGAUUGGCCACAACGGUACAUUGGUAAAAUAAAUGAAUCUUUAACCAUUUGUUCUUUGCUGAAGGGAUGAUUCCACACUACAAACGUUGCUUGUUUUAAUUAUUAUUAUUUUUUUUUACUCUGCAGGAUGGUGUUAUGGUUCCUUACACUAAAGAAAUGGAAGAAGAAACGAAGCACCAACUGAAACGAGUUGGCAAAAAGUAUGUUUUCACAAUCAAAAAUCUAGACCCGGCGGAUGCUGGUCUCUACUCUGUGGAUGUAGAGGGAGUUAAUGUCUUCUCCACUGAUUUCAAAAGUGAGUACCAAUGUACAUUGCUGUCUAACUAGAGUCUAGAAAAAAUUCUACAAUAACAUGAUUUUUACAAAAUACCUAAUGAUCCAAUGUGGAAUUAGAGUAAAACAAGAGCAAAUACAUCAUAGUAUCAAUUUGGGGAAUUACAGCAUUCAAGGAAUAUAACUGCAGUAUUUGUAAAAUGGGUGAGUUUAUGAGUAUUUAAACCAAUCCUGACUCUUGAGAACCAUGCCAAUAUUAUUGUGUGAACUGAAUGGGCUUAGUAUAUAUUAUUCCCUACUCUCUAUCCAUUUUUCAGUCCCACCUGUCAAUUUUGCUGUCAAAAUUCAGGAGGUGAAGGCAGAAGAAAGACAAGAUGCCCUCUUUCAGUGCGUCUUAACGGGACCUAUGGAUGAGAUUCAUUGGAUGGGCAAGAAUGCCCCGAUACAAAAUAACGACAAAUUUGAAAUCACAGUGUCUGAAGACAAGCUCAUCCACAAGUUGUUAGUGAAGGAUUGUCAGCCUUUGGACGCUGGUAUCUAUGCAGCUGUGGCAGGUAUCCAUUCUUGUAAUGCCUGGCUUGUGGUGGAAGGUGAGGUUAUUACAUUUUCUCAUGGAAUGUGUUGAACAAUCUUUCAGUGUAUCAAUUGUAUUGAUCAACUACAGUAUAUAAAUGUACAGCGAAACACUGACACCCAUCACUGGCAACCAUUAUUUUACAACUAUAUGAAAUAUAUCUAAAAUUCUCUGAUUUAGUUGAUCAGGACCCUGCAAAUAAAGGCAAGAAAAUAGCUCGCAAAACAACCCAGGCUGGAGGAGGUGAUGUGGAUCUGGAGAAAAUAGCAAAGGAGCAGGCGGAAAAAUACAAGAACGACAUGGAAGAGAGGAUGGCGGAAGCAAAGAUAAAGGCUGCCGAGAGAGGGGCCGCUGACGCAGCCGCCCGGGCCGAGAAAGAGGCUGCUGAAGCAGCCGCCAAGACGGCCAGAAAGGCCGCUAGGGCUGUGGAAGCUAAGGCAGGAAAAAAAGCUGCUAAGUUGAAGGCCAAGGCAAAGAAGGAUGCCUCAGGUGAUGUGGCUGCAGGUGAUGGGGCAGCAGCACGGGCAGAGGGAGAUGCUGCAGCUGGAGAGGCAGAAGAAGACAUAGUGGUAAGCAUGGAUGAGUCUGAUGAGGAAGAGGAGGCCACAAGAACAAAGCGUGUGAGAAGUGGCCCAUUUGUUCCAGACAUGGUCAUAGGUAAGAAACUAUUUCUUCCACUGAUAAGAUUUAGAAAAAGGUUAAAUGGAAGACAUUGGGGCCGGUUUCCCGGACACAGAUUAAGACUACCAAGCACUUUCAAUAGAGAUUCUCCAUUGAGCAUGCUUUUUAUUCUGGGAGUGGGCUACAGUAUAUCUGGUUCUGGAAAACCAAACCGACCCAUGGAGUAUAUCCAAUAUACUAAGUAAAUUAUAUGCAGUUCACCCAAAUGUGAUAUUUCUAUAACUGGAAUGACUGUCUCAAGGUCAUUAACACCUGAUUGUAAUUGCAGUCACUGAUUGCCCAUAGAGGAUGGAUUUAGGUGAACUAUCCUUUAAGCACUACUUUAAAAGUACUUAAAUGUACAAGUAACAUUUUAAAAGAAGUACAGGACACGCACCCCUGACAAGUCAACUGAUAUAGAAACCAACUGAGAUACUUGGUUUUGUGUGUUCAUUACAUAAUUAUGUUUUUUGUUAUCGCUUCAGCCUCCCAGCUUUAUUUUCUGCCUUUGUAUUCCAUACUGUUAUUGGUAGUGUAAUUGUUAAUUGUUAUUUUCGUAAUCAUGCUAUUGCUAUUUAUGUUACCACAAUUGUCUUUGUUUUUAUGCUGCUUAUAAAACAUUAUAAAACAUCAGCCAAUACAAUAGUAAGAAACUUCAUCCAGGGACAGUGGGGUCCACAAUUAUUGACACCCUUGACUGUAUAAAAUAAAUAAUUCAAAUACUGAGCUAUAUUGUAUGCUCAAAAACAUAAUUCAAUUGCUCAGAGGAAGAUGUUUUUUAUUCUCAAAAAGGUAGGGGUCAACAUUAUUGACACCCCUGUUUUUAAUACCUUUCAAUACCUCACCUUGCGAGGAUAACGACACUGAAUCUUUUUCUAAAAUAUCUUAGACCAUUCCUCCAUACAUAAUCCUUCCAUUUACAUUUUAGUCAUUUAGAAGAUGCUCUUAUCCAGAGCGACUUACAGUUAGUGAGUGCAUACAUUUUUCAUACUGGCCCCUUGUGGGAAUCAAACCCACAACCCUGGCGUUGCAAACGUCAUGCUCUACCAACUGAGCUACACAGGACUUCCAGAACCUUAAUAUUCUUCUUCUGCGUUUAAGGACUGCCCAGGGUUUCAAUGGGUUUCAAGUCCAGAGACUACAAUGUUGAUUUUGUGGCCAAUUAACAAUUUCUGUGUUGAUUUUGAUGUGUGCUUGGGGUUAUUGUUUUGCCAGAAGAUCCACUUGCAGUCAAGUUUCAGCCUCCUGGCAGAGGCAACCAGGUUUUUGCCUAAAAUGUCCUGGUACUGGGUAAAGUUCAUGAUGCCGUUGACCAUAACAAGAGCCACAGGAACAGUGGAAGCUAAAUAGCCCCAGAACAUCAAAGAUUCACCACCAUAUUUUACAGUAGGUCUGGGGUUCUUUUCUGCUCAUGCAUUCUCAUUUAGAAAACAAACCCACCACUGGUAUGCGUGGUCAGAGGGCUAUAUUUUUGUGUCAUCCAACAAAUGUAAACGCCUGGAGUUUGCUAAAUUGCAUUGGCACUUGGAUUGGAACUGGCGCUUUGGUCAGAUGACAUGAAAAUAGGGCUCUUGUUUAAUGGUUAAUUGGCCAGAAAAAUCUACAUUUUGCAAUGGCCAUUUCAGUGUCCGGACUUGAAACCCAUCGAAACCUGUGGUUUGAAUUGAAGAUGGCAUAAAAUAAGCCCAGACAAAGGAUAGCAAGGAUCUGGAAUGAUUCUGUAUGGAGCGAUGGUCUAAGAUAUCUCUCCCAAUGUGUUCUCCAAUCUCAUAAAACAUUUUAGAAAAAGGCUCAGUGCUGUUAACCUCACAAGGUGAGGUACAGAAAGGUAUCGAAAACAGGAGUGUCAAUAUUUUUGACCCCUACCUUUUUGAUAGGAAUAAAUAUUACUUGUUAAACCAAAUCUUUCUUUGAGCAUUUGUAUUAGUUCAAAAUAAUAUCAUUUCCCCAAAAAAUUUGAGCAUACAAUAUAUCUCAGUAUUAAAAAUGUUGCUUAAGGGGUCAAUAACCUCCCGAGUGGUGCAGUGCUCUAAGGCACUGCAUCGCAGUGCUGGCUGUGCCACUAGAGAUCCUGGUUUGAAACUGUAAGCUAACUGUAAGUUGCUCUGGAUAAGAGCGUCUGCUAAAUGAUGUAAAUGUAAUAACUUCAGACACCGCUAUAUGAUUGUCAAAGGAGAUGCAAAAUCUCUCUAUUUGAUUAGCUUGCAAAUUUUUGGCAUACUGCAGUUUAAAUUAUUAUUAAUCAACAUCACUUUAGAAAAAUCAUCACUAGCCAAACAACAAAUACGUUUGCCUUUAAACCAAAUACAAAAAUUCACAAGGUCAAUUCAUACAAUUGAUAUUGUUUGACAUUAAAUUGAUAUUGAUAAUCACCAAUAGAUGAUGAUGAGGAGGCUCCAAAUGAGCAACCAGAGAAACGUCGUAAACGUACAAGGCAAGGACCACUGCUCAAGGAAGAGAAUGUUGGUAAGAGAUUGUGAAGGUUGCAUUUGAUGAACAUGCAUGGAAACAGGUUGGUUCAAUAUCAAAGUAAUUUGUUGGAAAUUACUUUGGCACCAUGGGCCUGAUAAAUAUAGGGAAUCUUUGUUUACUCAAAGAAAUCCUGGACUUAAUACUUACACUGAUAUUCAGGAGUAUUAUUAACCAUCACAUGUAUGAUGUGUUUGUUAUUGAAGUUGAUAUACAGUAUAUACAUUAUAUCAUGGGAGAUAAAAAUAACCAAACCCUGCCAUUGUAUGCCAUUCAAAAGAGGUCACAUACUGUACGAUUUCAUAUGUAGUCAGAAAUCGAGUAAUUUAACAAAACUGUGGCACUGUAGUUAAACACAACAUCUGCAACAUUAUAAUGUACAGUGGGGGAAAAAAAGUAUUUAGUCAGCCACCAAUUGUGCAAGUUCUCCCACUUAAAAAGAUGAGAGAGGCCUGUAAUUUUCAUCAUAGGUACACGUCAACUAUGACAGACAAAAUGAGAAAAGAAAAUCCAGAAAAUCAUAUUGUAGGAUUUUUAAUGAAUUUAUUUGCAAAUUAUGGUGGAAAAUAAGUAUUUGGUCAAUAACAAAAGUUUCUCAAUACUUUGUUAUAUACCCUUUGUUGGCAAUGACACAGGUCAAACGUUUUCUGUAAGUCUUCACAAGGUUUUCACACACUGUUGCUGGUAUUUUGGCCCAUUCCUCCAUGCAGAUCUCCUCUAGAGCAGUGAUGUUUUGGGGCUGUCGCUGGGCAACACGGACUUUCAACUCCCUCCAAAGAUUUUCUAUGGGGUUGAGAUCUGGAGACUGGCUAGGCCACUCCAGGACCUUGAAAUGCUUCUUACGAAGCCACUCCUUCGUUGCCCGGGCGGUGUGUUUGGGAUCAUUGUCAUGCUGAAAGACCCAGCCACGUUUCAUCUUCAAUGCCCUUGCUGAUGGAAGGAGGUUUUCACUCAAAAUCUCACGAUUCAUUCUUUCCUUUACACGGAUCAGUCGUCCUGGUCCAUUUGCAGAAAAACAGUCCGAAAGCAUGAUGUUUCCACCCCCAUGCUUCACAGUAGGUAUGGUGUUCUUUGGAUGCAACUCAGCAUUCUUUGUCCUCCAAACACGACGAGUUGAGUUUUUACCAAAAAGUUAUAUUUUGGUUUCAUCUGACCAUAUGACAUUCUCCCAAUCCUCUUCUGGAUCAUCCAAAUGCACUCUAGCAAACUUCAGACGGGCCUGGACAUGUACUGACUUAAGCAGGGGGACACAUCUUGCACUGCAGGAUUUGAGUCCCUGGCGGCGUAGUGUGUUACUGAUGGUAGGCUUUGUUACUUUGGUCCCAGCUCUCUGCAGGUCAUUCACUAGGUCCCCCCGUGUGGUUCUGGGAUUUUUGCUCACCUUUCUUGUGAUCAAUUUGACCCCACGGGGUGAGAUCUUGCGUGGAGCCCCAGAUCGAGGGAGAUUAUCAGUGGUCUUGUAUGUCUUCCAUUUCCUAAUAAAUGCUCCCACAGUUGAUUUCUUCAAACCAAGCUGCUUACCUAUUACAGAUUCAGUCUUCCCAGCCUGGUGCAGGUCUACAAUUUUGUUUCUGGUGUCCUUUGACAGCUCUUUGGUCUUGGCUAUAGUGGAGUUUGGAGUGUGACUGUUUGAGGUUGUGGACAGGUGUAUUUUAUACUGAUAACAAGUUCAAACAGGUGCCAUUAAUACAGGUAACGAGUGGAGGACAGAGGAACCUCUUAAAGAAGAAGUUACAGGUCUGUGCGAGCCAGAAAUCAUGCUUGUUUGUAGGUGACCAAAUACUUAUUUUCCACCAAAAGUUGCAAAUAAAUUCAUAAAAAAUCCUACAAUGUGAUUUUCUGGAUUUUUUUCCUCAAUUUGUCUGUCAUAGUCGACGUGUACCUAUGAUGAAAAUUACAGGCCUCUCUCAUCUUUUUAAGUGGGAGAACUUGCACAAUUGGUGGCUGACUAAUACUUUUUUCCCCCCACUGUACUAAUAAUAGUCAUAAUGUGAAAUACAUAUUUUAUAAAUCCAUAUACAGUAUCAGUCCAAAGUUUGGACACAUCUACUCAUUCCAGGGUAUUUCUUAAUUUUUUACUAAAUAGUAAAAAUAAAGAAAAACCCUAGAAUGAGUAGGUGUGUCCAAAUGUUUGACUGGUACUGUACCUAUUUGCUUACUUUAGAGUGGACUAUUCUAUACAAUAUAGCGAUAAACUUGAUAAAGCCGUUUUUAAAAUGCAUACACAUUGCAGGUCACCACCAUGUCCAACUAAUAAACAAUACUUUACCUAGCAGAAGCACCCUGCACUUUGUGUCAGUCAUAUUUUUCAGGAAAGAUUGAAUUCCGAACUAAGUUGAGAUCAAGCAGUAGCUACCUUACUCUGAAAGACCUUAGCUGGUGGUGUUAUAGUUGUUCUUUUGAGUAUUAACAUCUUUCCACAAAAUGUAACAUCCACAGUUUAGCAUAUCUCUUUAUAUAAAAUUCAACAUGUACAUAGCAAGUACAGUUGAAGUCGGAAGUUUACAUACACUUAGGUUGGAGUCAUUAAAACUUGUUUUUCAUCCACUCCAAAAAUGUCUUGUUAAGAAACUAUAGUUUUGGCAAGACACAAGUAAUUUUUCCAACAAUUGUUUACAGACAGAUUAUAAUUGACUGUAUCACAAUUCCAGUGGGUCAGAAGUUUACAUACACUAAAUUGACUGUGCCUUUAAACAGCUUGGACAAUUCCAGAAAAUGAUGUCAUGGCUUUAGAAGCUUCUGAUAGGCUAAUUGCCAUCAUUUGAGUCAAUUGGAGGUGUACCUGUGGAUGAAUUUAAAGGCCUACCUUCAAACUCAGUGCCUCUUUGCUUGACAUCAUGGGAAAAUCAAAAGAAAUCAGCCAGGACCAAGCAAUAUCCAAACCAUGUUCAUCUGUACAAACAAUAGUAUGCAAGUAUAAACACCAUGGGACCACGCAGCCGUCAUACAGCUCAGGAAGGAGAUGCGUUCUGUCUCCUAGAAAUGAACGUACUUUGGUGCGAAAAGGGCAAAUCAAUCCCAGAACAACAGCAAAGGACCUUGUGAAGAUGCUGGAGGAAACAGGUACAAAAAUAUAUAUAUCCACAGUAAAACGAGUCCUAAAUCGACAUAACCUGAAAGGCCGCUCAGCAAGGAAGAAGCCACUGCUCCAAAACCGCCAUAAAAAAGCCAGAAUACGGUUUGCAACUGCACAUGGGGAAAAAGAUUGUACUUUUUGAGAAAUGUCCUCUGGUCUGAUGAAACAAAAAUAGAACUGUUUGGCCAUAAUGACCAUCAUUAUGUUUGGAGGAAAAAGGGGGACUUGCAAGCCAAAGAACCCCAUCCCAGCCAUGAAGCACGGGGGUGGCAGCAUCAUGCUGUGGGGGUGCUUUGCUGCAGGAGGGACUGGUGUACUUCACAAAAUAGAUGCCAUCAUGAGGAAGGAAAAUGAUGUGGAUAUAUUGAAGCAACAUCUCAAGACAUCAGUCAGGAAGUUAAAGCUGGUUCGCAAAUGGGUCUUCCAAAUGACAAUGAACCCAAGCAUACUUCCAAAGUUGUGGCAAAAUGGCUUAAGGACAACAAAGUCCAGGUAUUGGAGUGGCCAUCACAAAGCCCUGACCUCAAUCCUAUCGAAAAUGUGUGGGCAGAACUGAAAAAGCGUGUGCGAGCAAGGAGGCCUACAAACCUGACUCAGUUACACCAGCUCUGUCAGGAGGAAUGGGCCAAAAUUCACCCAACUUAUUGUGGGAAGCUUGUGGAAGGCUGCCCAAAACAUUUGACCCAAGUUAAACAAUUUAAAGGCAAUGCUACCGAAUACUAAUUGAGCAUAAGUAAACUUUAUUUUAAGAAUGUGAAAUGACAGGAUAAUAGUAAAGAGAAUGAUUUAUUUCAGCUUUUAUUUCUUUCAUCACAUUCCCAGUAGGUCAGAAGUUUACAUACGCUCAAUUAGGAAUAUGAUGAAAGAAAUAAAAGCUGAAAUAAAUCAUUAUCUUUACUAUUAUCCUGUCAUUUCACAUUCUUAAAAUAAAGUGGUUAUCCUAACUGACCUAAGACAGGGCAUUUCUACUAGGAUUAAAUGUCAGGAAUUGUGAAAAACUGAGUUUAAAUGUAUUUGGCUAAGGUGUAUGUAAACUUCCGACUUCAACUGUACAUCUUUACAAUUCACUCUUGACAUACAAAUAUAACCUAAUAUUUGUGUUGUAUAUGCAACAUGUGUGUGUGCUUCCCUGUUUAAUCUGUCUGUUAUUUGUGCCUUGUGUUGACCCAUUUGUGAAUUUUUGCUUUUGAAAGGGUUUCUCUCUUCGUUACAGAGAUUGGUGAAGGAGUUAGCCAGGUUACUUAUUCAAGUACAACGGAAACAAGCUUUUACGUAAAAGGAUAUUGUCUUUAUACACUGAUUAUACUAAACAUUAGGAACAUCUUGCUAAUAUUGAGUUGGACCCCCCACCCCCAGGGAUGCUGGCCCAUGUUGACUCCAAUGCUUCCCACAGUUGUGUCAAGGUGGCUGGAUGUCUUCAGGGUGGUGGACCAUUCUUGAUACACACAGGAAACUGUUGAGCUUGAAAAACCCAGCAGCGUUGCAGUUCUUGACACAAACCGGUACGCCUGUAACCUACCCUGUUCAAAGGCACUUCAAUAUUUUGUCUUGCCCAUUCACCCUAUGAAUGGCACACAUACACAAUCUAUUUCUCAAUUGUCUCAAGGCUUAAAAAUCCUUAUUUAGCCUGUCUCCUCCCCUUCAUCUACACUGAUUGAAGUGGAUUUAACACGUUUUAUCAAUAAGGGAUCAUAGCUUUCACCUGGAUUCACCUGGUCAGUCUAUGUCAUGGAAAGAGCAGGUGUUCUUAAUGUUUUGUACACUCAGUGUAUUUCCUCAAAACCAUUUUCUUUUGAAAUACCAAUAAAAUCCAGCUAUUAAUUAGAGUAGUUAUGAAUAAUAAGGCUAGUCAGUUUCUUGAACACCUUCAUUUCACAUAAAACAUUAUUUUGAUAAGUAAACUGAAACUAGUCCUUCACCACCCAUUCCGUGCUUUAGUUGUUGUUGAUGUGAUAUUGUUAUUGUUAUUGCUACUAUUGUUCCUUUUGUUAUUGUGGAUGUUGUUGUAAUUGCUGUUGUUACUGUUACCAUUGCUGUUCUCUACAAGGCCUUACCUAUCAAUAAUCGACAAAUUAACAAUGAUGGUGAUUACGAUAAUCAUCAAUAGGAAAAACAAAUAGUGAUGGCCCAGCCACAGAUGCAAAAGCCAAAAACAGAAAGGCAAAGAGCGGAGGUGGCGCCAGGCCAGCAGGCAGUGGUGUGUCUGCUGAUAUUGGUGAGGCUGCAAGUGCCGAUGAGGCUUCAAGUGCAGAUGAGACCGACGAGCCAGCAGAAGCUGCUAAGCGUGGAAGCGCACAGGCCGCACAAGGCCAGGCGUUAUACUUCAGGAGACGGUCGUUGGUAAGAUUAUGGUUACUGCAUUGACUUCUGCAUGGGAUUCACUGUUCUGGUGGUUUGAGGGUGUGUUCACAGAACACGUUUGAUCAUUCAGAAGAAUGGUGGGUUUUAAUCUCUACUUAUUAGUUCACUGACCUUUUGGGAUUAUGGUAGUCGUGAAUAAGGGUGGCUUUAACAAUGCUUAACCAUCCAUAUUUCACAUUGCCAUUGACCAUACGGUAUUUUCAAAUUUGGAUAAUUGAUAGAUUUGAACUUUAUUAUACCAUGUAGUUUACAAGUAAUUUCUAUCAGGGCAUACAGUGCCUUGCAAAAGUAUUCAUCCCCCUUGGUGUUUUUCCUAUUCUUUUGCAUUACAACCUGUAAUUUAAAUUGAUUUUUGUUUGCAUUGCAUGUAAUGGACAUACACAAAAUAGUCCAAAUUGGUGAAGUGGUGUGUGCAUAUGUAUUCACCCCCUAUGCUAUGAAGUCCCUAAAUAAGAUCUGGUGCAACCAAUUACAUUCAGAAGUCACAUAAUUAGUUGAAUAAAGUCCACCUGUGUGCAAUCUAAGUGUCACAUGAUCUGUCACAUGAUCUCAGAAUAUAUACCACUGUUCUGAAAGGCCGCAGUCUGCAACACCUCUAAGCAAGCGGCACCACCAAGCAAGUGGCACCAUGAAGACCAAGGUGCUCUCUAAACAAGUCAGGGACAAGGUUGUGGAGAAGUACAGAUCAGGUUUGAGUUAUAAAAAAUAUCCGAAACAUUGAACAUCCCACGGAGCACCAUUAAAUCCAUUAUUAAAAAAUUUAAAGAAUAUGGCACCACAACAAACCUACCAAGAGAGGGCCGCCCACCAAAACUCACAGACCAGGCCAGGAGGGCAAUAAUCAGAGGCAAAAAAGAGACCAAAGAUAACCCUGAAGGAGCUGCAAAGCUUCACAGUGGAGAUUGGAGUAUAUGUCCAUAGGACCACUUUAAACCGUACACUCCACAUAGCUGGGCUUUACGGAAGAGUGGCCAGAAAAAAGCAAUUGCUUAAAGAAAAAAAUAAGCAAACAAGUUUGGUGUUCGCCAAAAGGCAUGUGGGAGACUCCCCAAACAUAUGGAAGAAGGUACUCUGGUCAGAUGAGACAAAAAUUUAGAUUUUUGGUCAUCAAGGAAAACGCUAUGUCUGGAGGAAACCCAACACCUCUCAUCACCACGAUAACACCAUCUCCACAGUGAAACAUGGUGGUGGCAGCAUCAUGCUGUGGGGAUGUUUUUCAUCGGCAGGAACUGGGAAAAUGGUCAGAAUUGAAGGAAUGAUGGAUGCUGCUAAAUACAGGGAAAUUCUUGAGGGAAACCUGUUUAUGUCUUCCAGAGAUUUGAGACUGGGAUGGAGGUUCACCUUCCAGCAGGACAAUGACCCUAAGCAUACUGCUAAAGCAACACUUGAGUGGUUUACAUUUAAAUGUCUUGGAAUUGCCUAGUCAAAGCCCAGACCUCAAUCCAAUUGAGAAUCUGUGGUAUGACUUAAAGAUUGCUGUACACCAGUGGAAUCCAUCCAACUUGAAGGAGCUGGAGCAGUUUUGCCUUGAAGAAUAGGCAAAAAUCCCUAUGGCUAGAUGUGCCAAGCUUAUAGAGACAUACCCCAAGAGACUUGCAGCUGUAAUUGCUGCGAAAGGUGGCUCUACAAAGUAUUGACUUUGGUGGGGUGAAUAGUUAUGCACGCUCAGGUUUUCUGUUUUUCUUUCUUAUUUCUUGUUUGUUUCACAAUGAAAAAUACACUGCUCAAAAAAAUAAAGGGAACACUUAAACAACACAAUGUAACUCCAAGUUAAUCACACUUCUGUGAAAUCAAACUGUCCACUUAGGAAGCAACACUGAUUGACAAUACAUGCUGUUGUGCAAAUGGAAUAGACAACAGGUGGAAAUUAUAGGCAAUUAGCAAGACACCCCCAAUAAAGGACUGGUUUUGCAGGUGGUGACCACAGACCACUUCUCAGUUCCUAUGCUUCCUGGCUGAUGUUUUGGUCACUUUUGAAUGCUGGCGGUGCUUUCACUCUAGUGGUAGCAUGAGACGGAGUCUACAACCCACACAAGUGGCUCAGGUAGUGCAGCUCAUCCAGGAUGGCACAUCAAUGCGAGAUGUGGCAAGAAGGUUUGCUGUGUCUGUCAGCGUAGUGUCCAGAGCAUGGAGGCGCUACCAGGAGACAGGCCAGUACAUCAUGAGACGUGGAGGAGGCCGUAGGAGGGCAACAACCCAGUAGCAGGACUGCUACCUCCACCUUUGUGCAAGGAGGAGCAGGAGGAGCACUGCCAGAGCCCUGCAAAAUGACCUCCAGCAGGCCACAAAUGUGCAUGUGUCUGCUCAAACGGUCAGAAACAGAAUCCAUGAGGGUGGUAUGAGGGCCCGACGUCCACAGGUGGGGGUUUUGCUUACAGCCCAACACCGUGCAGGACAUUUGGCAUUUGCCAGAGAACACCAAGAUUGGUAAAUUCGCCACUGGCGCCCUGUGCUCUUCACAGAUGAAAGCAGGUUCACACUGAGCACAUGUGACAGACGUGACAGAGUCUGGAGACGCCGUGGAGAACGUUCUGCUGCCUGCAACAUCCUCCAGCAUGACCGGUUUGGCGGUGGGUCAGUCAUGGUGUGGGGUGGCAUUUCUUUGGGGGGCCGCACAGCCCUCCAUGUGCUCGCCAGAGGUAGCCUGACUGCCAUUAGGUACCGAGAUGAGAUCCUCAGACCCCUUGUGAGACCAUAUGCUGGUGCGGUUGGCCCUGGGUUCCUCCUAAUGCAAGACAAUGCUAGACUUCAUGUGGCUGGAGUGUGUCAGCAGUUCCUGCAAGAGGAAGGCAUUGAUGCUAUGGACUGGCCCGCCCGUUCCCCAGACCUGAAUCCAAUUGAGCACAUCUGGGACAUCAUGUCUCACUCCAUCCACCAACGCCACGUUGCACCACAGACUGUCCAGGAGUUGGCGGAUGAAUUAGUCCAGGUCUGGGAGGAGAUCCCUCAGGAGACCAUCCGCCACCUCAUCAGGAGCAUGCCCAGGCGUUGUAGGGAGGUCAUACAGGCACGUGGAGGCAACACACACACUACUGAGCCUCAUUUUGACUUGUUUUAAGGACAUUACAUCAAAGUUGGAUCAGCCUGUAGUGUGGUUUUACACUUUAAUUUUGAGGGUGACUCCAAAUCCAGACCUCCAUGGGUUGAUCAAUUUGAUUUCCAUUGAUAAUUUUUGUGUGAUUUUGUUGUCAGCACAUUCAACUAUGUAAAGAAAAUAGAAUUUAAUAAGAUUAUUUCAUUCAUUCAGAUCUAGGAUGUGUUAUUUUAGUGUUCCCUUUAUUUUUUUGAGCAGUGUAUGUUGCAUCUUCAAAGUGGUAGGCAUGUUGUGUAAAUCAAAUAAAAAAAAACUCAAAAUAAUCCAUUUUAAUUCCAGGUUGUAAGGCAACAAAAUUGGAAAAAUGCCAAGGGGGGUGAAUACUUUCGCAAGCCACUGUAUCAGGGAUGGAUGACAAAAUGUUUAUCCAUGUCGCUGCCUUAGUGUUUGCACAUUGUGUGUUUUGAGUGUGCUACAAUGUUUAAAAAGCAUCCGUGUUUGUAGAUUGUUUGUCUUAAACAUGAUUGCCUGUGUUACCUAGUACUGAAAGCAAAGUCUUGCAAAGUCUCCAAAACGUGGCCUCAUUAGUAAAACAUAAUCACGUCAGGACAACACAGAAGAUUUCAACCAUAUUUCAGAAAAUAAAGAAACAUGAAAUCUCACCAACUCAUGAAAAUAUAAGAAGAUUGAAGUGUGAAAAUAUGAGAAGAAGGAAUAUGAUGGUUUGGAAGUUGAUGUGAAUAUAUAAGAAGAGCUCUUGCUUUUGAAAGAGAAAUUAAGAUAUAUGGACUUCUUGCUUUGGAAGCCGACAGGAAGAUAAAACAUCAUUUGUUUACAAAGUCACAUAAGAAAAACCUGUACCUCGUAUAUCUUACAAACAACCAUUGGCGAUGUCAAGAAUGAAUGGCUAAACAAGAAAUCACACAGUACACAGAAUAUAUUAAUAUAUAUUGUCAAUGAGCACCCUGACCAAAGAACUAUUGGAACAAACAAGAAUGAGGGUGAAGUGUGAAAAAUAUUACCAUGAACCCAUACCAAGGCUAACAGAAAGAGAAUUUUAAAAAACAACAACACAUCAACGAAUUCCUGAAAAAACACCAUGGAAAAACUCAAUCUUCAAUAACUAGCCAAAACAAUCAAAAUAGAAAAAGUGAUAUUUUGCGAUCUUCAUCAACACUGAAGUUCUACGCCAUCUUUAAAAAAAAAAAUCCAUCACGCCUUUUAACGAAUUUAGAUUCAAACAUGUCAGUUUACAUUUGAACAUGUAUUUUAUAGAUUAACUGCAAAAUAAAAUGCAUGGUAUAACAUUUUUAAAAUUCAACAGUAAUGUUUGACAGGAUUCUGAGGACUCUGAGCUUAGGUAAGUCAGUACACUAAGAUGACAUGCAUGCAUGAACUGUAUGACAAAGAAAGGUUGCGAUGAAUGUUAAUCAUAAUUCUAUAUUUUACUUAAUUUGAAUUCCAACACUCACCCUAACAGGUAAUUAUAUAAGGGUGAGCUGCAAAUGAAGCACAGUCACUAACUGUAAAUCUGCUAAAUCCUUCCAGACCCUGGCGUUCACUUCAAUCUUGGGCUUUCUGACUUCACCGCCAUUGUGGGAGACCCAGCUGAAAUUGUCUGUAAGAUGAGCAAGGAAAAUGUUGAUGGGGUAUGGUACAAGGAUGGAGAGGAGGUGAGCAUCUACAUUGCAAUAUAAUUUUGCCAAUCACCACUUCCAUACAUAUUAUUUGUAACAGUAAAGUCCUGAAGGCCAUAGAAAAACAACAAUAGGCUAUUAUUAUUAUAUUAUUAGUUCAGUGUUUAUAAGGUGUUUUGAGCUAAUAUUUAGUUGUUUUAUUGGCCACUGCAGAUGCAGAAUGCACUUGAGAGAUAUAUCAGCUUAAAUAUUAUUGUGCUUUCUUGUUUAGAUUGAACCCGAUGAUGUUCUUACCAUGUCUAAAGAUGGAUGCUUCCAAUAUCUCAAAAUCAGCAAAAUCUCAGAGGACUAUGCUGGAAAAUACAAAUUUGAAGCAGAUGGCCGUAAAACAGAGGCCAUGAUUGUUGUUAAAGGUCUAAAUCUAUUUAACUUUUUUAUCUUGCAUCUAAUCUCAGCACCACAUUAAUUAUAUUUUAUAACAUUUUUAAAUUCACUCGUAUUAUUGUAUCUUUUUUUAUAUAGAUCCACCUAGAUUCGACCCAGAGGGAUUGAAAGAGUUUAUGGUUCCGAUCAUUAUUAAAAAAGGUCAAAAAGCCACUUUCAAGAUAUCAUUUGUGGGUCGGGAUCCAAUGAAGAUCCAAUGGUAUCAUGAGGGCGAGGAGCUCUCAGACAACACAAACAUCAAGAUAGAGCAUGCAGAGGGUCAGAGUCGCCUGCUUCUCAACAAGUUACAGCGCAAAGACACUGGGGAAAUCAAGAUCAAACUCAAAAAUGAUUUUGGAACUUCUGAGGCCUUUGCGAAGGUCAUUAUAUAUGGUAUGUUUGUUCUCUCUGGGUCCAAUCAAGAGCUUAUCUUUGAUUUGGUGUGAAAUCUUAAAGUCACUUGGGUCAAAAUGUUAUUUCUCAAGCUUUGUAUUUAGCAUACAGUGCAAUAUAUUUUCAUAACUCUGCAGCAAUAUGUGAUAUAAUGAAAUGUAAUAAUAAAUAAAUAAAACAGUGAUUCAUUAACUUCAGGAAUAAAUUGUACCAUGCUUAGAGCAAUCCAACAGAGAGUAAAAUAAGCAUCUGUUUCUUGACAGACAAGCCCACCCCUCCAAUGGGACCUCUGGAGAUUAUUGAAGCCUCUCAAAAUGCCAUUGAUAUCAAGUGGAGGCCCCCGAAGGAUGAUGGUGGCUGUAAGAUAGUAAACUACAUCCUGGAACGUCAACAGAUAGGCCGCAACACGUGGAAGAAACUGGGUCCGAUCGGUCCAGAGGCCCGCUACAAAGACACUGAUGUGGACCAUGGCAGGAAGUACUGUUACAAAAUCAUGGCCGACACUGAGAUGGGCACCAGUGAGUUGAUGGAGACAGAGGAUGUCCAGGCAGGCACAAAAGGUGAGUGCAUAAAUCAGUGAGGUCAAUUUAGCGUGAUUCGGAAGACUAUUGGUUAUUUUGGAAAUCUCAAUGUGCAUUGUCCAGUAUUCCUAUACAACAGCUUCAAAUGCUUAAAUAAAGUUUACAAAAAUUAGUAUAGUAACACAUAACCAGAAGACAGUUGUCACAAAUCAUAUUUCUGUACUUAGCAUACCCUGGACCCCCUUCUGCACCUAAAGUGGUUAGCGCCUUCAAGGACUGCAUCACUCUGACAUGGAUUCCCCCUUCUAACACUGGAGGAACCAACAUUCUGGGAUACAACAUGGAGAAACGCAAGAAGGGAAGCAAUCUAUGGAGCCCUGUCCAUCCUGCAGAUGAUAGGAUAAAAGGUUUCACCAUUACCACUUCUGUAUUAAUUUGAACCAUGUUUAUUCCAUAGAUGAAGUAUAGCAGUUUAACCCAUAACUUACGCUAUUGUUUUGUAUGUUUGCUCGUACCACAGAGAACGAGUUUGGUGUGAAAGACGUAAUAGAGGGUAUGGAAUACGAGUUCCGUGUGGCAGCUAUCAACAACUCUGGAGCUGGUGAAUUUGGCGCUCUGUCUGAGUUUGUGUUUGCCAGGGACCCCAAAAGUAGGUCAUAUUCAAUGGUACUUUGAGUACAUAGAUAUUCUUUCAAAUUAAUCCAUAGGUUUAAGAGACCUAUUAAUAUCUCACUUAUGUGUAUCAUUUCAGAGCCCCCCGGUAAAGUCCUUGACCUGAAGGUGACAGACUCUACCUACACCACCUUGUCCCUGGGUUGGACUAAACCAAGGGAGGAAGAGGGGGUUGAGGAUGAAGCCAAGGGAUACUUUGUGGAGAUCAGACCAGCAGAAAGCCCAGAGUGGGAUCGCUGUAACACUAACCCCAUCAUCAUGACCUCCUUCACAGUGAAAGGCAUGAAGUCAAUGGCCAUGUAUUGGGUGAGAGUGGUCGCUACCAAUGACGGUGGAGAAGGCAAGCCCCAAGAGCUGGACAACUACAUCCUGGCUAUGCCUCCUCCUGGUAAGACCAUUCAUUUCAAACAUCCCUGUUGGCAUCAAAAUAUUGAGAGGAUCUUGUUUGAAUGCUAGCAUUUCCCUCCUAACUUUGACUGUAUAAAACAUGUUGUUCUUAUGCUUUUGCAUCAUCCAGUCAGGCCAAAAUUCACUGAUCAAAAAAUCAAGAGUUUCAUGGUGGUGCAAGCAGGGAAUUCUGCACGAUUCAACAUUAACUUUGAGGUACAGUGUAAAAAUGUAGUUGGAUUUCUAAAUAUCCACUUCCAUACAAGUGGAAAGAACCCAAAUGGAUAGCAUUGUCAUGUAGAUAUAGUGAUAAUUUUCUGAUAUUCUUUACAGGCCUCUCCGUGGCCAGAUGUCACUUGGCUGAAGGAUGGCGUACCUGUUUCCAAACGGGUUACCAUCAGCAACACUGAAGGGGCAUCCCAACUUUUGAUUCCUUCUUCAGAGCACUCAGAUACAGGAAUCUACACCAUUCUCAUCAAGAAUAUUGUUGGCCAAGAGACAUUCAGCAUUGAGAUCAGAGUCACAGGUGAGAUGCUCAUAAAAUGGCUGACCGUGGUUCUGUAAGUUAAAAGCAGUUGAGGUCCAGUGUUGAUCAUUAAUCACACAAUUAUUUGUGGUCCGAUCUAGAUGAGCCCAAGCCUCCAGGUCCUGUGGAGGUAGAUGAGAACGUACAGGGCACAGUGACUGUGUCCUGGACGCCAUCUCCUGAUGAGAAGAGGGACAACAGGCUGCACUACCUGGUGUCUAAGCGCGACUCAAGCAAGAGAACGUGGCACACAGUGGCAGACCGCAUAUUUAACAACAAGUUCACAGCCUGUAACAUCUUGCCUGGCAGAGAGUACCAGUUCCGUGUCUAUGCUAAGAAUGACAUGGGCUCUUCUAAACCCUCUGAAUCACUAAAAUGGGAAAUCAAAGGCAAAAGAGGUUUGUAAAAGCGGUUUGGGUCACUCUUCAUUGUGAAUUCUGGGCCAGUCCUUGCAGUGUCCAUGUGCUUUGAAAGGCAUGUGAGUGGUGUAAAUGCAUACGAUACUAUAAGGCUAGCAAUUUAGAGGGCCACUUGUUGGUAAUUCCAAUAACUGAGAGCAAACAAUGUAACUAACAAAACUAUAAUUUUGAAUUUUUUAAAUAGUCCAACAGGCUCUGCAUUUCAGGAAUCACAGUAGCAAGUACUCCUUUGUGCACUGUUAAAUUAUUUAGCUAUUUAAACAUUGUUUUUUGGGCUCUGUGUGUGGAACCUCAGUUGUAUUUUGUUAUUUUUCAUCCCAUACAAAUAUCGAAGUACAGAGCAGAGUAGACAAAGACAUUACAUUUGCACAGCAUGCUAAUGAAAAUCCACCUUCUGGAUUACAUUACUUUGGCUGUCUCCUUAACAAUCCAAAAGCAAGAAAGAGUUGUUAACAGAAUUCCUAAAAUAAGUGCAUUUGAACUCUUAAAACAGUAAAACCGUUCAGCUAGAGAAAGAAGAGUAAUUGAUUUGUCUCUUAUCAGGUCUCUUAGCAAUAAUGAAAAAGUGAAGUGUAGCUCAUGUGAAACAUGUUUAAUUCCUUGACUAACCUAGUAGAAAUAAGCAAUCACAACACAAUUCAGAAUUUGAUGGGGCCAGAGUAAAGAAGAGGUGAACAGGUCAGUAUCAACAUGGUGAGCAGUGAGAGAAGGUUCCUGCUUAGUAAAUUGCAACCCCUGGGUUGAGCCUUUAUCAAUGUAACAUAGCCAGGAGAAUGGGCCAUAUCUCGUAGCUUCUAACAAUAAUUUACAAAUAUUGAAUACGUAAGGGAUAAUCAACGAGGGGCUAUGUGUUCUCUGGAAAAUAAUGUAUGACGUGGAAGGUGUGUUCCACAAAAAGUUAGCGGAGUGGCACUCAUUUUUACAUUUACAUUUUAGUCAUUUAGCAGACACUCUUAUCCAUUAUUUUUCAUACUGGCCCCCCCGUGGGAAUCGAACCCACAACCAUGGUGUUGCAAACGCCAUGCUCUACCAACUGAGCUACAUCCCUCUCACCUACCAAGGAGUUGCAUUAUUUUCCAGAGAAUGCAUAGAGUCCUGAGUUGAUUAUCCCUUUUAUACCAUGGCUAUAAUUUAACAUAUUUGCUGCUAGAAAUUUAUUAAUUUGCCAGUAGAAAUGUGACAACAACAUCCAUUGAAGUAGCUAGCAAGUUAACUAGCUAGCUAGAUAGCUACAGUAGUUGCCUUGGUAACCAAACAAACAGACUUGCUAGCUUAGCUAACCAAACCAUCAUCCUAGCUUGAUAUUAUGAAUAUCAAACUCAACAAUGCCAAUAAUGUUUUCAAUUCAACUUUUGCUUUCAAAAGCAGCUCAAAAAUAGAACAUGUAAGAAUAAACUUCAUAGCCAUUGAAUUAUACCGUGCAAUUAUACCAUGCAUUAUAGGGAAAUAAUGCAUGCUCUAGAAUGCCCUUCAAGCCAAUCAGAAAUGAGUAUUCAACAAUGCCAUGGUAUUAAUAUUUAUAUUAAUUUCACAUAAGCAAUAACAUUAAUUUAGCAUAAACUCAAGCUCCAAUGCAUUCUGUCAAAGUGGACAAACCCAAUACAUAUAUUGGCUCAUGUCCUGAUCUUUCUGAGAAUGACCUUUUGCUCCUAUUGAUUUAAAAUUGAGGUUUGUAAAAGCUGUUUGGGUCACUCUUCAUUGUGAAUUCUGGGCCAGUCCUUGCAGUGUCCAUGUGCUUUGAAAGGCAUGAGAGUGGUGUAAAUGCAUACGAUAUUAUAAGGCUAGCAAUUUAGGGGGCCACUUGUUGGUAAUUCCAAUAACUGAGAGCUUGGGCACAAACUGGUCCAAAGUCUCUCCCGACUAGUCAUUAGGACGUUAGGUUAAGUUAAGUGGCAGUUCACAGUUUGCUGCUCCCAAAAGUGAUCUUUAAUAACACUUUUAACAUUAUGCCAUUAUUGUAUCUUGCUUAAAGCUUUAUCAAAUAUACUUUUUUUGGACCAGCAAACAGUGAGCAGACAUUUACACUUUCUACUGCUAUAAUUUCUUUCCAGCCACUCUGACAAAUUUGGAUGUGUGAAAUAUCUCAUCUUUAACAAGGUACACGUUGCCUCUGUGUUUGUGUUUUCAGAAAAGUUUGUGCUGCAAAUGCCAGAGUCUAAGACCUGCAACCUAGAACACCCUCCUAAGUUUCUUGUCCCUUUGAAAAUGCACACCACUCCACAAGGUUAUGAGUGCUACAUGAGCUGUGCCGUGAGAGGGGACCCAACACCCCAUGUCACAUGGUUCCGCAAUAAUAUCAGCCUCAACACCAACACCAACUACCUCAUCGCCAACACUUGUGGUGUUUGCUCAAUGCUCAUACUGAGGGUUGGAGCCAAGGACUCUGGAGAGUACACAAUCAUUGCAGAGAACCCCCUUGGCAGGGCAGAGUGCUCCACUAAGCUCACUGUCAAUGGUAUAUAA